AUGGCGACGGUCGGGGAGCGCAAGUCCUUGCCCAGCCCGGAGGCGAUGCUGGGGCAGCCCUGGAGCCAUUGGGUCGAUGCUGCUAAACUUCACGGGAACGACGGUGAGAGGUGGAUGGGGGAGGGAAGGACAGGAGAGGGGUCCGGCCCGGCAGCCAAGGGGUUAACCCAGCUGGUCGCUUGCGGGGACCGGGCGGGGGAGGCGCUCCAGCCUUCCUCUUGUCCCCGGAAUCUGUCCCAGGCUCGGAGAUAGGUGGGGAGUUGCGGUGAUUGGCCAGGAAGAUCCAGGUUUCACCCGGAGCCAACUCCACCCUGCCGCUCUUCGAGGUUUAUCUGCAUGUGGGUAAUCCUUAGUGUUCCUGUGACAGGCUGCUCUCCAAUCCUUAGGUAUAGGUAUGCUUCCUCAACUGAGAGCAGAUUUAGGGUAUGUUCUGCUCCAAGAGAGCAGCUGCAUGCUUCCAGGUAUUUUGUCUCUGCUAGGGCCAUUUCUAUGUUGCAGUUUUUGUUUACAGGUGCUCUGAGCUGGAACACAAAAGCCACAUCAAGCAAAAGACUUUAAUGUGUUUACCACUCUCUGUUAGGAAGGCAUUAUUCUGAAUAUUUAAAGUUGUUUAAUAUAAUAACUGUACAUGGCUUGCUAAUUGAUGUGCUUUUUGCUUUUUUACAUCUUAAAGUAUGUGCUCACUUGUGUGUUCCUACAAGUCAUUCCCAUGACUAAUAAGGUAUUUGGGGGACUGACUUACAUCGGCUGCCUGUGAAUGAAAAUGGUCACAUGGGAAGUGUUUCCAAAUAAAAGUAUAUACAGGUGCAUGCAACCCAUCUAUCUAUCAAAUGAUUUGCAUGGAUCUUUUGAGGUUGUAGUGCAUUCAGCUUUUAUGCUUAGGGACUUGCUGCAAUGGUGACUUAUAUCUGACGGUGAGAAGUUAAGUACGGCGGUACCUCAGUUUACGAACUUAAUCCGUUCCGGAAGUCCGUUCUUAAACCAAAGCCGUUCUUAAACUGAGGCGCGCUUUCCCUAAUGAGGCCUCCCGCUGCAUGUACCCUUCCACUGUUCAGCUUCCGUUCGUAGACCAAGGUAAAGUUUGCUAACCGGAACACUACUUCUAGUUUUGCGGAGUUCGUAUACUGAAUAGUUUGUAAAUAGGGUUGUUCUUAAACUGAGGUGCCACUGUAUGUACUAUGUUUAAGUAGGUGUCUGUGAUUGAAGCUGUUUUUUCUACCUUACCUCUGUUUCGUCUAUCAAAUGAAUUCACCCAUUCUUAGCUACCUUGCUUAUGUGAGAUGAGGGGAAAGGAUGUGUUGUAUACUUUUGCAGCGAAUGUAUUUUAUAGCUAUCCUUGGAACAAAUGUUUCGUAUUAACGUUGGCAAAACAGUGUCUAGCAUGUCAUUUGCUCCAUAGUCACCAUUCCACAAGGACUCCUUAAACUGAAGUUCUUAUUUUUGUUUGUCACAUAGGAGCAACCUUGGAAGAAAAUUUCAAGGAAUAUGGGAAAAACCGAGAAGCGAUGCGACUCUGUAGAGAAGGUGAGUCUGACAUGCAAAGGUCUUUCCAUUCAUAGACUGGUCAGUGAAGUGGGCAGAUAUAGGGUCUUGCAAAGGCCUAUGUUUGCAAGCCAAAUCUGUUUUAAAUCUGAAAUUAAUAUUUUGAGGGCAUUGUAAGCUUGAUCCAGUGGCUAGUUUUUGUCUAAAACCAUUAUCAUAUUUUCCUAUUAUUUAUUGGCUGUUUUGCUGAUGCAUAUAUGUUGAAUUUGAUAACAUGGUCUCUGUUUCCCAUCAGUUUAGCAAUGCUUGUAUCUCUCACUAAGUCAUUAAUAUCGUUUAGGAUACAGUGGUGCCCCGCAAGACGAAUGCCUCGCAAGACGGAAAAACCGCUAGACGAAAGGGUUUUCCGUUUUGAAGUUGCUUCGCAGGACGAAUUCCCCUAUGGGCUUGCUUCGCAAGACGAAAAUACCUUGCGAGUCUUGAGAUUUUUUUUUCGCUUUCCCCCCCUUUAUCUAAUCUGCUAAGCCUUUAAUAGCCUUUAAUAGCCUUUUAGCAGCUAAUCCCCUAAGCCUUUAAGCCUUUAAUAGCCGCUAAACAGCUGAUAGCGCUAAUAGCGCUAAUCCGUCAAUGGGCUUGCUUCGCAAGACGAAAAAACCGCUAGACGAAGACUCUUGCGGAAUGGAUUAAUUUCGUCUUGCGAGGCACCACUGUAUUAGGAUAUAAUUUAGGAUAUACUUAAGUCCAGGGUCACUUCCCCUCUGGUCAGUUUCAUGAUCAAUUUUUCUAGGGCAUGAUUGUUGAGGGUAUUUUUAGAAAUUUUACCUCUUCGUUGAGGCCAGUACAUGCAUUUACCCAGUUUAUGGCCUAGAGUUCACACAUAACACUAAGCCAGUGUAAUGUGUCUUAGUAUGAACAAGGAGAUGUGUGAGCUCCCAGGGAAAAGAGUGUGGCUGCUUUGUUCUCCUUCUAGGCCUGAUACUACAGUGCUGCUAUCAGCCAAGUUGCAGUUCGGCUUAGUGUUAUACCUGAACCUGGGCUUUGGGGUCGGAGCAGAUUUAACCAUGAGCAGUAAACCAUAGAACAAACUUUGGCUGUAGCUCAUGUUUUGUCAGGAGCGAAAUAAACCAUGAGUCUUGGUUCAGUUAUAACACAAAGCCAAACUGUGGCUUAACUUUACAGGAGCAUGGCACAAACAGGAUUGGAGCAGGAGCAAAGUGGCCGCAAUAUUCUCUCUGAGAACCUGCAUGCUUGCUUGUUGUUAAGCUAUGGUUUGGCUCCGCAUUGAAUGCAAAUCAGGUCUCCAUAAGGGUAAUUAAUGUCCAUCACAACAGUAGUAAUAUCUCUUUUGCUUGUUCCAGAUUUAAUUGUCCUUCUUGAGAUCACACUUAGUACCAUAUUUUUUGCUCUAUAAGACUCACUUUUUCCCUCCUAAAAAGUAAGGGGAAAUGUGUGUGCGUCUUAUGGAGCGAAUGCAGGCUGCGCAGCUAUCACAGAAGCCAAAACAGCAAGAGGGAUUGCUGCUUUCACUGCACAGUGAUCCCUCUUGCUGUUCUGGCUUCUGAGAUUCAGAAUAUUUUUUUUUUCUUGUUUUCCUCCUCCAAAAACUAGGUGCGUCUUGUGGUCUGGUGCAUCUUAUAGAGCGAAAAAUACGGCACUUUGAUCAGGGUUACAGUUGUUAGUACAUUUUGAGUGCUAAAAUAUUUUUCGGACCUGUUAAGUAAUUCUGUGGUGUGUUAUGCUGGAAGGGCAAUUGUGAUUAGUUUCAGAAAUGUUUUACUUUGCAAGGACCGCUUAGUCAGGAGUGCUAAUUUAAAGAACACUCAUUUUUUAAAAAUAGAAAAUAUGUAUUUGAUCAAUAAAGCUAGAUUUAACUAUCAGAAAACUUUAUAGAAUCAAGUUGGAACCUAUACAAGGCCACUUAAAUGAAUCGGGGUGAGGGAGAUGUGCAGCAGCAGUACUUGGAUAACUAAUUUAGUCUUCAAAUCAACAGCACAAAAAUUGCUAGUCCAUGUGCUAUUGGUUCUCCAACCCACAACAUACCUAUACUGGGGAGAGAAGAGACAGAAUAGACUGGAGAACUGGCCACCAUCUAAUGCCCAGUAGUCCAGCUAAGGUGGCCUCUCCCUCCUCAAAACUGUCUGUGAGAAUUCUCAAAAACCUUCUUGCCCUGAGGGUACCUCGGGUUACAUACGCUUCAGAUUACACACUCCGCUAACCCAGAAAUAGUGCUACAGGUUAAGAACUUUGCUUCAGGAUGAGAACAGAAAUCGUGCUCCGGCGGCACGGCGGUAGCAGGAGGCCCCAUUAGCUAAAGUGGUGCUUCAGGUUAAGAACAGUUUCAAUUUAAGAACGGACCUCCGGAAUGAAUUAAGUACUUAACCUUGAGGUACCAAGGUUGAGGUAUAUACCAACCUUGAGGUAUAUUAAUGAAUUAAAAAAAAUAAGUAAAUAUAGUAAUCAUUGGGGAUAUAUGGACAACUUGAAAGAAGCCAAGAACCAACACUCCUCCAUUUUACAUAAGCUUUACUUCUUGCCCUUUGAAUCUCUGGUGCUCCUUGGCAAACCUACAAGGAACAGCCUGGGCAUGCUUUAAUAAUCCUUCCCCAGUCUGGUGUCCUCCAGAUAUUUUGGACUACAACUCCCAUCAUCCCUAGCAGCACAGCUGAGGCCUCAGAGUUGAGAAUAUAUUAAAACAAGGAAGUUGCCUACUACUGCAGCUCCUCUACAGUGUUAAGUAGUAAUUGUGUAUGCACAAAACAGUUGUUAAUACAAACCCAUGUAAUUUGCACAGAAUCUAACUAUUGGUAUACUGUGGCUUUGUUGUGUUUUCACAGUGGAGUGACAAAAUAGCUUUGGUUGUUCAGGACUGGGAAACUAGAUUGCUGCUAAAACCUCUAAACCACGCCUCCCCAAAUUUGGCAUUAUUUCAAAGUUACCAUCCAGACACAAUUCGUACUUUUAAAAGUGUAUAUAUUGUUCCUGUGUAUGUGCUCACAUUGUGUCAAGGCACUGGCCUUGAUUCUGCAGAAGUUGUGUUGGAAUGAAUUGAGUGUGUGUGUUUUUUUAAAAUGUCCCCCCCUCCAUUUUUAAAACAAUAUUCUUAUACAUUCACAUCAUUUUCAAUUUCUACACUUCUGGGAUUACUAAGAGCCCUCAAACUUCCCCAACCCCCACUUCCGGUUUCCAAUUUCCCCCUAUUUUUGCAUCUAAUUACAUUUUUCUAAUUCAUUUUAUCUCCUUUUUUUACUUUAAAUCAUAUUACAUUAUAAGUGUUAUCACAAUCCUCCUAAUGUUUUUAAGUAUCUACAGCUGUCUUUAAGAUAUUCUAUAAUUUUUUUCCACUCUUGACUAAAUUUUUUUUCAUCUUGGUGUCUGAUCUUCAUGGUCAUCUUUGCCAUUUCAGCAUAGUUCAUCAUCUUCCUGUUUACGCUUCCACCGCGGUAGCCAAUUCAGCCAUUUUUUUAAAAAAAAGCUUUAAACUUUUCCGCUUUUUUGCCAAAGUUCCAAAUUAAUCCAAAUCCUUUUUUUUUUAUCCAAUUCUUCUACUCACGGUUAGUUUUUGAGUCCGAAUAUCCCAGGAAUAAGUCAGCGCUCUCCAGCAACGGCAACGCGGCUUCGCUCAGUGGGAGCAGCAAUCCGCUCGCAGCACCGCGCUUCUCUCCCCCGCUCCCUUCCGAAGCCUCGAAAAGGCUUCCUUUCAGGUUGGGGGGGGCGCUUCAGGGUGCCCGCCGAGCCUCCACGUUCGCAGGCGUCCGCGCCUGCGAUUUCUAAGGGUCCCCGCUUCGCCGAAGCGCACAGGACCCGAUCUCCCGCUGGGCUACCUCCUCCGAACUUCAAAGGAGGUCCGCCAUUGCUGCUGGCACUGACCGGAAGUCGGUUAUCCACUUUUCUUUGGUUGGAACUUUCUCUUCCUUCCACUUCUGGGCGAGUAGCAUUCUUGUGGCUGUUGUCGCAUACAUAAAUAGUCUUUUUAAAUCUUUUGGUUUUCAUCGCCUGUUAGCCCUAGUAAAAAAGGCUUCUGGUUUUUUGAUGAAAGUUAUCUUAAACAUUUUCUUCAGGAAUGAAUUGAAUGUUAACUGUGUGAUUAAUUUCAUUUGGCUUACAUGGGAUAUAAGAGACACAUAUCCCUGCCCAUAAACAUACAGAGCCCUGUGGGAAAUACCGUAUUUUUUGCUCUAUAAGACUCACUUUUCCCCUCCUAAAAAGUAAGGGGAAAUAUGUGUGCGUCCUAUGGAGUGAAUGCAGGCUGCACAGCUAUCCCAGAAGCCAGAACAGCAAGAGGGAUCGCUGCUUUCACUGUGCAGUGAUCCCUCUUGCUGUUCUGGCUUCUGAGAUUCAUAAUUUUUUUUUUCUUGUUUUCCUCCUCCAAAAACUAGGUGCGUCUUGUGGUCUGGUGCGUCUUAUAGAGCGAAAAAUACGGUAUAUUUACAUUUAGGUUUCCGGGAGCAGCCAGAGGGGGGUGAGCAUCCUAGUUAUUUUAGUUCUGAUUUAGUGUGGAAUGUGAGAGUGUGAGUUGUAUUCACUGCUUAAGAAUUAAUAUCUGCUACAUUCACAAGGUGGUCUUAGGAAAGUCCUUGCCUGUCAACCUCAGCUUCCUAAUAAUCAUAAUCAUAAUAAAUUUUAUUUGUACCCCAGCCGGAGCUGGGCUCAGAGCGGCUAACGUCGUAUAAAUAAUACAAUAUGCAUAAAAACAAUCAAUUAAAAUGCACCCCAAAAUUAAUUCAAAUAAAUUAAAAUUAAAGCUGGCAAAUGACAAUCCUCAGGUUAAAUUUGAAAGUGGUUAAUACUCGCCAGGACCAACUGUUUCCACUGAUAUUAUAAGGACCUGUGAGCGGGCUGGAAAACCUGCUUCGUGCUUGUUCUUACACAAAGAAUCAGACUGAACCCUGACCGAAGGUCUGGCGGAAAAGCUCCUUCUUGCAGACCCUGCGGAAGGAUGUCAAAUCUCGCAGGGCCCUGGCCUCUUGUGAGAGAGCGUUCCACCAGGCCGGGGCCACAGCCGAAAAGCCCCUGGUCAAGGCCAGUCUAAUCUCUCUGGGGCCCGGAAUCUUCAGGCUGUUGUUAUUUGCAGACCAUAAGGUCCUCCAUGGGGCAUACCAGGACAGGUGGUAUGAUGCCCGGGGUGCACUGCUUUGCUGGCUUGUUGUAAGGAUUAUCUGAAUAAUAUACAUCCAGUACUGCAGUUUACGUGCAGUAAACUGUCAGGAUCAUAAUGUGACUACACUUGGAAUACUGUGCACAGUUGUUUUAUUGCUUUUCAAAAAAAAUAAAAUGUACAGCUAAAAUGUACACAUUUGCUAAAAAGGGGCAACUAAAAUUAUUAGGGAAUGGAGCUUUCUAGGUUAGAAGAAAGUUGAAUAAUGUGGCAGGGGGAAUGAUCAUAGCUUACAUAUCAUCUGAAUGUUUUUAUCCCCCUCAAAAUACUAGAACUAUGUAUCCAGUGAAAAUGAGUAGUGAUUUAGGAUUGACAAAGGAGGAGAACUGCUUCACACAACAAUUAAUUUGUGGAAUUGUCUGUCGCAACAUGUGGUGAUGACCACUAGCUUAGAAGAUUUUAAAAGGGGGAUUUGAUACAUUCAUGAUGGAGUACAUAGUCACAUGUGGUGUGUGGGAAGACCGCUUGCUUGAAUGAAUGGGUCCUUCAUUGUGCUCAUGUUCAUUGGGUAUAUAAUUUUACAAAAGUUUGUACAUAUGUCUGAACUGUGGCUAGGGAACAGUCCCUGAUGCUACAGUACAUGUAGGAAACUGGGUUUAUGAAAAGCUUUAGUGCAUAUAAUUGCUUUAACAACAGAUUCCACUUCAGAAAAUUAAAUAAUUUUCAGAGGAGUUUAUAUGUGUCUUUAAAAUAGUUUGCCUACUAUUAAUGAUUUUGAAUUUAUUGUAGUUUUUGCUGGCCAAAUUUCUCUAGUUUUAUUGAGGAAAUAUUGUGCAGAGCUUUGCUGUCAUCCUAACUGAUGUAUCCCAUGUCCACUGCAGUCUCCUUACCAGCUGCCGUUAACUUUGUCUAAAGAAUGAAAGCAGAUUGUUUUGUCAUGGUGGUUGAUUACUAUGAUUUUCAUAGUUUGUUAUAAUUCAUGUCAAAGUUAAAUUAGUAGGCCCUGAUCUAUGCUUCACCUUGUCAGUUUCUAGCAUAACUGGACUAUACCUUACAUUUCUUUGAUUAUAACUAAUUUGGAGACUUAAACUUCUUUAUUUUAAUUGUGGAGUAUCUGUUUACAUUUUUCAUGUCCUGUGGUGUUUAGCUUCUGUCUUGUGGUAUUGGAAUACCCAUUGAUUAUGGCAAUCAUAUUCUCUCAAAAGUGCCCAGCCUUUUUUACCUUCUUUGCUUUUUCCUAAAUGAUUUUCCAGUUUGCUUUUUAAAAAUAAUUGAACAGAGAGAGAGAGAGAGAGCGAGCGCACUGAACCAACCUGCAAACAAAAAAGUAGUAGACAUAACUUUUUCUUUUCUUUUUUUUUCCUUUAAAAAUCCUUUGGCAGUUUGGUGACUUGUGUUUUCUUGUUUUGUCUAUUCUUAAUAUCACCAUAUGAUUUUAUUUUUUUUUAGCAUCCCUGGUGUCUUAGUAGUUUGAACCAAUUCUUAAAUACUAGAUUUUUUCACCAUGCUAUGAGCAUCUUGAGACUAGAUUGUUACAGUUCUGUAAUUUAUAAAAAACGUAUUGCAGUUUCCUUUUUACGAGAAACAAUAUUGGGAAAUUAAAAUUGGUGCACAGUGAAUCAUUUUUCUGGUUGGACGUUUAGAGCAUCAUUGUCCCAUAAGAUAGACUGUUUGCUUACCAGUACAGAUAAGAUAUUAUUGUUUUAUUGGCCAAAACUAGAUUGGAUCUCACCCACUCUAAUUACAGUGGCUCAAUUUGGAUGUUCUGGUAAACAUAAACAUGGAUGUUCAGCAUAAGAUCAAGCUGCAGCUUCACCUGUGGUGCAAGUGCAGGGAGGAUUUCGGUAGCUUUCACUUUCUAUUUUAACAGAUUAAUUUGACAGAUUUUUCUGAACUGGGGAAAGAUGUUUCCUUUCAGUAAAAUCAUGCUGAUGUGGCCUUGGUGCAGUACAAACAGCUGGUGGGUUUGUAAGUUUUCAUUUAAAUGAUAUAACAGAUUAUAUAUCUUUCUCUUAUAUUUUCAGCCUUACCUUUAACAUUUUUUUACAUUAAAAGGAUAAACGUGUAAAAGGUCUUCAGCUAUGUCAAUACUACCUUCCUUGAAAUCACAUUCUGAUUAGAAACAGGAUGGUCCAUCCAAUGUCAUUUUCCAGCAAGCAUGUUUUCCACUUUAGCUAUAAAGUGUUGGCAGUGUAUUUUGGUGCUGCUCUAACAUGGGGCAAAAGCAUUGCAAGGUAUUGCGUUCUUUCAUUAGAGUUGAGGGUUCCCAGGGGAGAUUGCUUAAAAUAGCAGCAGCAAGUGAAGAAUUAAAGGCAGGGUCUAAACACUCACAUGUAUUUUCAAAAUAUAUGUAUAGUUAAGUGUCAAUAAGUGAUCCCUGUUUGGCAACACUGCUUACAAAAUUGGACCUUGGAACCUCUAGGUCAGAAUUCUUUUUUCCUGCUUUCCUAUCAUUUUUCAACACAAUCAACACAUUUGCAGGAGGAAAAGAAGUGGCUUCAUAAAGCUCUGAUUCCAGAAGAUAACAUAUUGCUUUCAUAGUUUUUAAGAGAUUGGAACAUGACUUGGAACACUUGGAGUUGCCAGGACACUCUAGCUCACUCUAGCCUGCUGGACAACUUUGCUGUCAUGUCAGGAGCUGCUUAUCAAAAUACUGUUUAACAAAGGCAUUUUUUGAUUAUUAUUAUUUAAUUAAUUGCCUAACAAGUAGCAUGAAGAAACCAAUUCCCACCCAUCCAACAUAGAAUAAGUCAAUCAGCUGUAUAUUGGCACCUACCAACUGCAUGCAGAUGUUGAAAUUUUCUUCAACGUUUCGGGUUCACAUAUUAAACUGCUAGUAGUUGUCUACUCUAUGAGCAUCCAGCAGUCCAAAGGUUAUAUGUGACCUUUUUAACAGGCAUGCCAGUCUGUCACUUUGCUCUGCUUUGCACUUGAAAUUCUUAGAAAAGGAUCUGAUCUAAACACAAAGCGUGCAGCCUCUUACUUAGAUUUGCUUGUCACAAAUUAACGAGAACAAAGCUAGUCCUUGAACAAGAACGAACGAACAGAGUGUCCAAUUGGCAGAGGGUAGCAGGGUAGAGAUGGUGACCUGAAGCAGCUGGGAUGCUGGAAGAAUUCUGCAUAGAUGCAAAUAAUGCUAUCUAAAUCUGUAGUGACAGCAUGUCUUCAGUCAAAGUAUUCAGGUAAUGGCUUGAAGUAUUUCACCUUCAGUACAGAUUAUUAUUGUACAGUAGUAAUAUUGAUGCUACAGUCAAGAGCCACAUUUUAAACCUGGCAAACACAAGGAAUUCCUGCUCAAGUGGCAUUGCUUUUCAUUACGAGAUCCAGCACUGCUCACCUAAAGCUGUCCUCUCCGUUGAAGUGAAUGGAAAAGUCCUUUUAGAUUUUCAUGUAUAUAUUGCAGCUCAAUGAUCACAAGGAAUCGUAGGGUGUAGAACAGGGGUCAGCAAACUUUUCCACUGUCCCUCAGACCUUGUGUGGGGCCGGACUAUAUUUUGAAAAGGAAAGGAAGAACGAAUUCCUAUGCCCCACAAAUAACCCAGAGAUGCAUUUUAAAUAAAAGGACACAUUCUACUCAUGUAAAAACACCAUGCAGGCCCCACAAAUAACCCAGAGAGGCAUAAAAACACGCUGAUUCCCGGACCGUCCACAGGCCGGAUUGAGAAGGCGAUUGGGCCGGAUUCAGCCCCCGCGCCUUAGUUUGCCUACCCAUGGUGUAGAACUUAUAAAUUAAAGGCUUUUGCGGAUGACAUGGCCCUAACAACCUAAUGUAAACCUAAUGUGGAACAACCUAAUGUAAGCAUUCCCAAGGUUUUAGAUGAAUUUAAAAAGUUUGGAGAAGUAAAUAAAUGUAGAAAAGACUCACAAUCAAGAGAAUUAACAUGGAUAGACAAUGGGCUACAUACAGAGAUCUGUUGGAAUUUACAGGGAGUGAACCUCAAUUGAAACCAAUGGAAGAAGUAAGGAGCCAAAUUACACAUUGGUUACAGUAUCAUCAAAUAUAUGAAAUGUUUAAAUUAGAUUUUUUAAAAAUGGGUUUCCAGAUCAAAGCUCAGUUUGAAAGAGAAUUAUUAUGGAAUAAGAAUAAAUUGUCAAAAACGUAUAAUUUUUAUUAGAGGGGGAACCAAAAGAUGAGUUAGUAAAAGCUUCAGUGACACACUGGGCAAUAGAUAUAGGGCAUAACAUUGACCUAAACCUCUGGGAGAAAUUCUGGAGGAAUGAUUUGAAAUUUACUGCAUGUUAUACUUUAAAAGAGACUUGUAUGAAAAUGAUGCACAGAUGGCAUUUAACAGUGAGUAGGUUGGUCAAGAUGUACAAAGUUGGAUCAGAUCUGUGCUGGUAAUGCAGAGAAACGGAAGGAACAUUUUUCCAUAUGUACUUAUAUACCACCCUAUACCCAGAGGUCUCAGGGUGGUUAAAAAGGUUAAAGGCUAUGAGGAAAUGAUCUACAAUGAGUUUAAAAAAUGUUUAAAACAACAUUCCCCCAAAAAAACCUGAGGCCUUUUUGUUAGGAAUACUUAAGUCUGAAGUUCCCAGUUGUGAGAAAAAAAAUGUUUAUGUACACAACCACAGCAGCUCGAAUUUUGCUAGCCCGAAGAUGGAAAGUGAGUGAGAUCCCUGAUAAGGAAGAUUGGAAAUUUAAGAUGAUAGAAUUUGUUUAACCUAUAGAAUAAAAGAGCAAGAAGAAUCUUUAUUCAAAGAGGAGUGGAAUAUUUAGAAUAUAAUUGCUGGUAGCAUUUAGAUAAAUUCAACAGUAUGGUAAAUAUUUGAAGGAUGUUAAACGGAGAAAUGAUUAGAUUGGCUAUAGUGAAAUAUGCAGGAAUGAUAUAUAAGUAAAAUGAAGCAUGAAAAGGGAAGGGAGGAAGUCAAUUGUUACAUGGUAUUAUGUAAAAUGUUUAUUUUGAGAUGUAUAAACUGAAAAUUAAUAAAAAUUGUUAUUUAAAAAUGUUAACAACAAUCACAUGUUAACGACAAAUCAUACAAGUAGGUUUCCAUAAUGGCCUGGUUCACACAAAAUACUAAACAAUGUUUUAUUAAACUAUAGCGUAUUAAUCGUGGACUGUGGUUCACAUUGCUAAUAUCAUUUGUGUAUAGUCCUGCUAUUUUGUGUGGUUUUAAAUUAUUUUAACGUUGCAUAUUGAAUGGGAACACAUAAAGUUAUUAAAUAAAAUAACAGAUACAAAUAGAUACAGUGCAGAUAAUAAGGAAUGCUUUCUGGAACUCCUUAAGAACCUGUCCCAAAGUAUCCAGGUUCAUGCGACUAAGGCUUGGCAAACAAUUUUGAAAUGAGAGGCACCUGAAAUGUUGCCUUGUGUGACAGCUUGAUAGGACUAGCCAGACAAGUUUGACUGCAGUGAUUAUUGUUAGAAGGAAAAAACACCCUGUAGGCUGCACUACAGUUUGUGCAGACACGAGCUGAAAACUUGUGGCGUAAGACAAAAGUGCUUGUAACAGUAUGGUCCAAAAUGCAUGGUAUAUAUGUUACUGUCGUGCAGACAUUGCCUCCUAGCAUAUGCCAGAUCCAAACUGGAAACCAUUGGAAAUUAUUUUGAUUGGAAUGCUUGUAAAAGUUUCAAACACGUCAGUUCAAUAGCAUAUGCUAAUGUUGACAUCCAGCUGUCUUGGGAGACAGUGGAGUGUGCUUCCGGGGUGAAGUCAAACUGCUGGAGAAUCUCAGCACCUGAUGUGGCUGCAGAGACUGGCAACUUGUAACUGCUGCCUCCAGUCUUCUUUUUGCUGCAAUAAAAACACCAAAGUGACUUCCCUGGGAGUGCAAGCCUGGGCAGUGUGUAUGGAGGUUCUGGGCUGCCCAGGUGGCACGACUCCCCUCUCAGCCACACUGAUGUGGUCCUAGGGAAAGCAGAGCAGUACAUUUGGCACCAGCUUGGCUGCAGGAGUUACUGGAAGGAGGCUUACAAGACUCCAUCCAGCUGUCAUAGGGACUCCACUCCAGGCGGGAGGGAGAAAAAGAGAGAUUGAAUUAAUUACUGAAAAGUUACUGAUUUUACAUGCUUGAAGAACAGUGGCUGGAAAUCAUCAUAACACUAAGCAUUUAUUCUUGCCUGAUGAAAAGACCUCCCAUUUUCUCUCCUUAAACAAAAUAUUACAAAAAUACAGUUACAGUUAAAAAUGUUACAUUGAUGCAAAGUUACACACACAAUACAACACACACACGUAUAUAUCAAUAUCAGUUCAUUUUCUUUCUGACACACUCUCCCUCUAAGCCUCUGAGUUCUCACCCCUGGUUCAAACAAACAAAUUAUCUCUAUUCCAGCUGCUCAGUUUAACUCAUACUGGGUUCAUCUAUCAUGUUACUAAUCAAUGUUUUGAAACAAUGUGUUUCUAAAAGUGGGUUUUUUCUAUGGAGAAAUAGUAUGAAAUAUUUUCUAUACCACACAACUGAUUCUAGAGCUCCCUACGUUCUCCUUUUAGAUAUGUGACUUCUCAUUAGUUCUGGCUUUAAUAUAGUGAUUAAUAUAAUUGCUGCAUUCUGUUUUAUUUCAUUUUAACUAAUUUUAAUGCAUUUAAAUUUCAUGUUUGUAUAAUCUGUACCAGCAUUGCCUUCUGAAUUUCAGAAAAGUAACCAAUCAAUAUGAUAACACAUGUAUGCUAACUCAUGAGAUCUCCUGUCUUUUAUAUUGCGUAAUUUUUUGAAGUCUUGGUAUUCUUGUGUUACUUAUCAAACAUGUGUUAUCGUAUUGAUCAGUUGUCUUCUUGGACGUAUUUGCAGUAGGAUACUAUCUCUUCUUGAGACAAUUGGUCAGGCAAAUACACUGAAUGUUUUAUUGGAAUCCUGAAAGUAUAUGAAUAGAAAUACUCAGCCUUUUAAAAUGUGAAUUCUAGAGUAGGCAAUGCAUUGCAGCAGUUUAUGUAACAUUAUUAAUCUGUAAACUAGCUGAAUAGUUUUGUUGUUUGUUUGAAUAUAAGUUGAUUUCUUCCUACCUUUUGUGGUAUAGAGAAGGAUUCUUCAGCAUUAUCUUAGAAGUCUAUCUGGAGUUAGCAGAUGUAAUUGAUUGACAGCAGUUUCAACAGGUUUCCUAAACACUUUGACACUCAGUUUGGGGGAUGCUCAAGAGCACUUGCCUGACCAGUGCUAAAAACAAACAUCACUCUGAAAAGUGAAGCUGGGGCUGACUUCUUUUGGUACUGGAUGGUGGAGGUGAUGGGACCUUGCAUGCCAACACCAAAACAAGCCCAAGCCUUCACUUUCAGCUGUCGAGAGAAAGGGGCUGGGCCUGUCCAUUUGGGUGCUAGGCUCCCUAGAGUCUCUAUCUCCAAAUUUGGAGUUGGAGAGCAGUGGUUGCACACAGGUCCACAGGCUUGAUGGACCUCUGUUACUGUGGCCCUUAGGAUAUAUGCAGUAAUCCUAAUUGGAAAUCUACUAAUUUCUCAAUUAUUCCUCUUGUCUCUUAGGAAAUAUAUUUAUGCAGUGCUGAUGGCGCAUGGGUGUAUGACAAUAUGUUUUGGAUUAUGCCCCUAGGUACCAUAAAGGCUUUAUUUAGUUUCAGACUGGUGUGUUUUAAUAUAUGGCAGUUAAUGUGUACUGUUACUUAGGAAAUGUAUGAAUUGUAUAGUGGGAAAUGUGACUUCAAGUAUUUUUUUCUUGAUUUCCAUCCAUCCUAAAUUUAAGAGUAAGACUCAGAGGCAUCAUGCCCCAUGUUUAACCUACUGGCCAUAUAACCCAUGAAAUUCACUUCCUUAGAGACUUGCCUAAACUGCUUUCAUUGCAGAUUUUAGAUAGCAGGCAACAGAUUUUCUAGGCUGGCAUUUAGAAUGUUUCUUCACUGCUGAACUUUUUGUUCUUAUAUAAUGUAAUUGUCUUGGUGUUUGUAUUGGUUGGUAACAUAAAUAGAUGAAAGCAAAGGGGUUUGGGGGGAUUUAUAUGCCACACCUUAUUAUUUCAGGGUAGUUUUAUAAUACAUUACCCACCCGCCCCCCAAGCUAGCACAAACCACCUUUUGUACAGCAAUAUAGAAAGUUGGUAUUUAAAUUAAAAGUGAAUUGAAAGUGAAAUAAUGCCUGGUUUGGACAUAAGCAAAAAUCUCACCUCCACCCUUGUCCAGCUCUUUCGCUUCUGCACAUACUGCAACUGAAGACUUUUUCAGGAUUAAUUACCCAUAGUUUAUCUUUACAUCAAAAUUACGGGAAACUGUGGUUCAGAGCAAAUCAGGAUUCAGUGGUAGGCGGGGAACAGAAUACACAAUAGUAACAAAAAAGAUAGAGAGAAGGGAAAUACAGUGGUACCUCAGGUUAAGAACUUAAUUUGUUCUGGAGGUCCAUUCUUAACCUAAAACUGCUCUUAACCUGAGGUACCACUUUAGCUAAUGGGGCCUCCCACUGCUGUCCCACCGCCGUCAUGCGAUUUCUGUUCUCAUCCUGAAGCUAAGUUCUUAACCCGAGGUACUAUUUCUGGGUUAGUGGAGUCUGUAACCUGAAGCGUAUGUAACCUGAGGUACCACUGUAAAGGAAAAAGUAGAGGGAGACUAGUUUUUCAAGGCCAGAAGAAAUUAUCUGUGGGUAUUUAAUAUCAGUGUUCUUUCUUGAAUAGCAAUUGGUGGCUCUUUGGCCAGUGGUUGGGGCCUUUCCCUCUGUUAAGCUUUCUAGUGGGUUUCCCACUCCCACAUGACAUGAACAGUGGGGCCUUUGUCAUAUACCACCGCAGUGUGUGUGUGGAGGCAGUGUAUUUGCCUGAAAUUGGGCAGAGGGAUCUUACUCCAUUGGGAGCUCUGCUGACACAAGAUCCCCGUGCUCAGUUUCAGGGAACUCUGCCUUGCCACUGCAACACUGUAUGACACAGCCCUCACUGUUUGGAGGAGUAUCACUUUGGACAAAGUUUUUGGUUGGUUCGGGGGGCUACGGGGACCAGAGGAGGGAAAGAGAGCAGUCACUUGCAUAAAUUGCAUAGCACUCAUGCAACCAUUAGAUGCUACCCAAGAAAUUUACCAUUUGCUUCUUUUCUUGGUAUUACAAAUUUUGGCCACCAGACAAAGGAACCCAUAAUCUCAUUUAGGACUCCAGGAUUAAUCUCCCACAAGGGCAUAAAGCAUUGAUUUUCACAGGUUCCCACAGAAUCCCACAGGUUCACGGCCUAGAAUCAUAGAAUCAUAGAGUUGGAAGAGACCACAAGGGCCAUCGAGUCCAACCCCCUGCCAAGCAGGAAACACCAUCAGAGCACUCCUGACAUAUGGUUGUCAAGCCUCUGCUUAAAGACCUCCAAAGAAGGAGACUCCACCACACUCCUUGGCAGCAAAUUCCACUGUCGAACAGCUCUUACUGUCAGGAAGUUCUUUCUAAUGUUUAGGUGGAAUCUUCUUUCUUGUAGUUUGGAUCCAUUGCUCCGUGUCCGCUUCUCUGGAGCAGCAGAAAACAACCUUUCUCCCUCCUCUAUGUGACAUCCUUUUAUAUAUUUGAACAUGGCUAUCAUAUCACCCCUUAACCUCCUCUUCUCCAGGCUAAACAUGCCCAGCUCCCUUAGCCGUUCCUCAUAAGGCAUCGUUUCCAGGCCCUUGACCAUUUUGGUUGCCCUCCUCUGGACACGUUCCAGUUUGUCAGUGUCCUUCUUGAACUGUGGUGCCCAGAACUGGACACAGUACUCCAGGUGAGGUUUGACCAGAGCAGAAUACAGUGGCACUAUUACUUCCCUUGAUCUAGAUGCUAUACUCCUAUUGAUGCAGCCCAGAAUUGCAUUGGCUUUUUUAGCUGCCAUUGGCUUUUUUAGGUUGGUCCCAUGACUGAAAGGGUUGAGAUUAAUGGUAUAAAAAUUACAUAAACUGAUGUGCUGAAAUAAUUCAUUGCUUACAGUAAGUCACGAAGGUUAAAAUUUGAUUGAGUGCUGUGGAGGCUAGCAUAAUACAUUUUAGCAACACAGGAAGCCACCUGAUACACAUUUCCAAAAUAGUUCCAAUACUUGAGAUUGGAAAUGUCAAAAUGAAGUGCAACUUUGUUUUAAAUAAGAAUUAAAAAAUAAAUUUUAAGAAUCAAGGCAAGUGAUUUUCAUGUUGUUUACGGUUAAACUAUGCUAUACUUGUAAACAAGCAGUUUCCAUGGUACUCCAACACCAUUCCAAGUGUUUUUAAAUAACCAGGCAAUAAAUUUUCAGAAUGGCAACCCAUUCAUAAGAUCUUGUUCUCUACAUGAAUGUAGUAGCGGGGUGGACACGGUCCACUUGUUUGAGGCAUUGUGACUGAUCUGGCUAUGAACCUUUGCUCAAGUAUUCGGUUGCAGAUUCCUUGCAUCAAUAAGUGAUAUGCUGUGAGUGAGAAAAUAGUUUUCUACCUCCUAAAGAGAUAUGCUUGGAGGUUUUACCAUCGUCCAGACUCGUUGACUGUGUGUUUUGUUUGUUCUUUGUCCAUACAAUGGUAGUUAUAAAUGUCAUUCUGCCACGGAAUGUACUUUAUGAUGUUCUGUAGAAAAGCUAAGCUGGUUUUACAAAACUGAUAAUGAUUGGCCCUUACUGCAUAGGCUGUCUUGCAAACUGAAGAAAUAUGAUUUAGCUGUCCAUUAUGUAUCUCUUAAAACUGUUUUAAUUGCUGGGUACAGCCUGCUAUCCAGAUUAAAAUGAUAUUGAUUGGUAGAUUUAGUGCCAGGGCAGCCUGUGCUUUGAACUUAUAGACCUGAUUCAAACAUAACUGGAAACCAUGGUUUCCUGCCUCAGGCUUAGGCUCGGUCUCACAGCCUCACCCCUUUCAUCUUUUGUACCUGCAAGGGAGAAGCAAGGGACGUUCAAACUCUACUUUGUUCGAGCAAACCAGCUUCAGAGCCUGGCUUCAGAUCCUGGCUUAUUCAGUAAUCACAGUUUCCCCAAGUUCUUACACUGUGGCAAACCGCUGUUACUGGCAUCUGUUUGUCUCGAGAGAGCAAUGGAGUGCGUGUCUGGGGGUGAAGUCAAACCACUGUGUUAGCAGCACGGAAGUGACCUCCCCAGGACGCCAGCAAACAGUGGCUUGUUUAAAAGCCGAGAUUUCUGAUCUUCUUGCAGGUGUGAAAGUGGGGAUGAGCCCACUAGUUCAUUAACAUAGCAGGAAGCCAUUUUGAAGGUGAUUUUCUAGCAUAUUACUUCUGUUUGUAGUCAGGGAGAUAAUAUAGAAACACUAUUCCAAUUUAGAAGUCUUAAGUAGCCUACAUGUAUGGUUUAUUAUUUUGUCCAAAUGUCAUUGUACAGCCAGGUUUCCUGCUCAGUUUUUUUCACUCCCUUUUGCAAGUGUUUUCUAGGUCUGUGGUACCAGAUGGCUGGGAUAUAAUAUCCUAUUAAAUAGAACUAUUUGAUACAUAACACUGUCUAGUUAAAGCUAUGCCUUUAAAAUGUAUGCAGUCUGAUCCUAUGCAUGUUUGCUAGGAAAUAUUUGCUAGCAGUUAAAUUCCUACGCCUUUGAGUAAUGCCUUAGAAAUGUUUAAUAACUUUUCCCAACCUGCAUGCAAUUUAGAAAAAAAAUAUUUAUGUGCUCUUUCUAGUUUCUAAUGCUCUUCUUAAAGUAGUAUAAACUCAGUUCUGUAUUCAAGCACCUAUAGAUAAUGACUGUCAAUAAGCUAUUUUUGUGUUCACUCUGAAGUAGCUAUGUUGUAAUACUUAAUUCUGUAACUAUUGAGUAUUCAUUUCUCCACUCCCACAUGUAGCUUUUGAAUUGUCUCAGUAAUUCACCUACAGCAACAUUACAUGGUUAUUUUACAUAAAUUGUUGUACCACCAUUUUGAAUACUUGUGAGACAUACCCUUUGUCUUUUUAUUUUAGAUAUGCCAAUAUUUGGCCUAUGCCCAGCUCAUGAUGAUUUCUAUUUGGUGAUGUGUAACCACUGUAAUCAGGUCGUAAAACCACAGGCAUUUCAAUCACAUUAUGGUAAGUACUGAACCAUUUUUUAAUCAUUAGGGUGAGGUAAAAUCAGGAUUAAGCCUGGCAAUUUUAGAUUAUCCCUCUUUGUGAUCUUUCCAGCCGAUGUUGCACAUGGCAUUAUGUAAAUAUUGUACAAAUAUGAAUUGUGCAUAUGAUUGCACUUUCAUGUUAAUUUUUUAUUAUUAUUUUAUUGGAAUUUUAUUUACAACCUAACACAAGUCCCCCACCCCAAUACACAAAUCCACCUUCAUUAAACGUGAACAUAACAUACAGUGAACAUAACAAACAAACAACUAAAAGACUUCCUUUAUCCUGUAUCGGGCCUCCUUAUUUACUUCUUAUAAACUGUUUCCUUUAUGAACAAUUAUUAAGAUUUUUCUAAUUAUAACCUAAAUAUCCACAAAAUCUCCUGCAGACAUUAAUCGAAACAAGUCCAGGUAUGUGUUUUAGGGCACUGUUUUGUGCCCUAAAUUCUCUGCAUUUCCCCCAUGUUAAAUUUUUUAAAAGGCAUAAUUUAUAGCCCAUGUUUUAUUUUAUAAUUUUUGAAAUAUUGUUUAUUAGGUUUGCAAAUAUUUCUUAAACAUACAGAGAUUUGAAAAGCAUUAUAAAUAAGGAAAACAGAAGAAAAAGAUUCAGAAGAAAAAGAGUUGAGUUGAUGCUAUCUUGUAUACAGAACCUAGAGUUUACUCUCAUAUAGCUUUUACACAAGACUAAAAAUGUUCUUUACAUUAGUUACUUUUUGGGGUAUGUGAAUUGGCCUUAAAGGUGACCAUAUAUUACCUCCACUAAGACCUUUUUCCUGCUGUAAAAUAAGGAGAAUCUGGCCUGUCUCAUUUGAAACCAGUCAUACAAUUGCAGCAAUGAUGCAAAAAUUCAGAAAAAGCUAAACAUGAACAUGUUAGAAGCAGAGCCUAUGUGUCUGGAUGUUUUAAUUUGUUGGAAACCACCCAGAGUGGCUGGGGCAACCCUGUUAGAUGGGUGGCUCACCAUCAUAGUUCAUAUGUAUUGCAGUAUAGAGUGUUUUGAUACUAGAUUUAGUUGUAGUGAAUUUUACAUGCGUUCUGAUUUGGAUGUGUUGGUAUUAACAGAUUAUUUAUGGUGAGGAAAUAAAAUGCUGUCCAUAGGGUCGAUAAACACUCAGGAUUGCAUCUGAUUUAAGUCCCAUGCAGAGUAGACCCACUGAAAUUAAUUGAGUUGUUACCUUUUGGAAAUAGAACAAAGCCAACUGUUUAAAUUUAAAAUAAUGUUUAAAAAGAAAAUAAUGAAAUUUAUUGGGGCAAGCAAAAGCACAUGGAGCCACUAAUGAAAAUUUCAGUGAGAACUAUUGUAGCUGGGAUCCAAUUUGUAAUUUGUGUGAAUUUGUUCACAUUCACAUUUUUCAUUACUUUGGAUAACAAUCUGGGGAUGGAAGUUUGCCUUGUGGCCAAGUUUUCUGUUCCCUUCUAAGAGAGUUUGUUGUUUAAGUCCAUUUUCAUCCCCUCUGAUUCCCAUUUUAGUAUGUGGGAUAUUUUGUUGGCAUCCCUCUGUCUCAAGAGACAAUGGAGUGCACCUCCAAGGGUGAGGUCAAACUAACUCACAGAAAAUGUCAGUAAUUUUAAACCAAAUUUCCAGAAGCUGUAAGGAACAUGAAAAUAAAUGCACCAUAGCUUUCCCCCAUUCUCCCAUAUUUCCCCUUUCUUUUUGUCGGAUAUUAAAGGACAUAUAGCUGUCCGCCCCACUGUAGCCAGCAACUAUGCAUAGUCAGCUCUUAUUUAUCCUUAAGUGGAAUUUACACUUUGCAUUUUAGGGCAUAUGCUAAUAAAAUGAAGAGUUUCCACUUGUUCCUUUGAGCAGUUACUAGAUUUCAUCUUGAGUUUGCAAUUUGUAAAUAUAUAUUAAGGUAGGUAGCCGUGUUGGUCUGACACAGUCAAAAUAAAAAUAAUAAAAAAUUGUCCAGUAGCAAUAUAUAUUUUACUGUAGGACUAAUUGCAAUCGUUAACAGUCGUCAACAGGUUUACCAUACCCAUUGAGCCAAUCACCCAUCUCCUACUACCUUCCUGAGAAAAACCCCUCCCCACCCUCUCACUAUAUAUAAGGGUCUGGUGACUUCUGCUUCAGUGUAUCUGAAGAAGUGUGCAUGCACACGAACGCUUAUACCAGAAUAAACUUAGUUGGUCUAUAAGAUGCUGCUGGACAAUUUUUUAUUUUUUUAAUUUUUUUUAUUGUAAAUAUAUAAUUAGCAUUACUUUAAGGCUGGUUUCAGUAAAGUGUUUAUAAAUACAAUCAAGAAAUCUUGCCAUCUGUAAAUGUACUGUAUAGUGGCAUUUCAAAUUUUUCAUAGACAUUCACUAAUUCAAAUAAAGGGAUGUGGGUGACGCUGUGGGUUAAACCACAGAGCCUAGGACUUGCUGAUCAGAAGGUUGGCGGUUCGAAUCCCUGCGAUGGGGUGAGCUCCCGUUGCUCGGUCCCUGCUCCUGCCAACCUAGCAGUUCGAAAGCAUGUGCAAGUAGAUAAAUAAGGUACCGCUCCGGCGGGAAGGUAAAACGGCAUUUCCGUGUGCUGCUCUGGUUCACCAGAAGCGGCUUAGACAUGCUGGCCACAUGACCCGGAAGCUGUACGCCGGCUCCCUCGGCCAAUAAAGCGAGAUGAGCACCGCAACCCCAGAGUCGGUCACGACUGGACCUAAUGGUCAGGGGUCCCUUUACCUUUACCUUUAAGGAGGACCUGCAAAACAAUAAUGGAAUCAUAGAAUUGUAGAGGUAAAAGGGACCCUGAGAGUCAUCUAGUCCAUCCCUGCAAUGCAGAAUUCCUGCCAACGGCCGUCCUUAGAUAGCCUCGAACCACCAGCUUUCCAGUUAACAGCCAGACCCACUGACCCAUUGUGCCACCUGAGGAUUGAGUCAGCUUUUGUUGUUAUUAUUUGAAAGAAGUGAGGUGGUAGUCAAUUGAUUGUUUUGGUAGCUUUAAGUGUAUUUUAAUACGAGUGUAACGUUUUUGAAAGAGAGAAUUUUCAUGAAAUCUAAUUUAUAUCCAUGACUGAGACCAAGGCAGGUUUAUAACCAUUGAUGGAAAUGGCAAAGUUCUUGGAACUGCCAAGUGAGACAUGUUAUAAAAACCAAUCAAGUUUUAUGAGACAUGGGAGGGAGGAAAUGUUAGAAUGCCUACAAAUAUUUAAAAUGAUAGUUUUGUGGGAUUUUGUAACUACUGUAUAGAUAGGUCUUUCGAAUUGGACAUUAUGGAAAAGUACAGUUAAGCUUCCUUAACCAUGUUCUGGCAUGGUGAGAUGCUUGAAUUGAGCCAAAAAUGUGAGAGAGUUUGCUAAAAAAGCAUAGUUGGAUUUAUAGGUGUGUGCUUUAUAGUCACUGUUCCUCGACCUCUGCCUCCUUUCUGUAGAAUGGGAUUAAGAGUGACAUGUACAGAAAUAUUUUGAGGAUACGUUUUGUAUACCAACUGAAUGUUAUUCUUCAGAUGUCAAACCUAUGUAUCUUUUCCUCCCCAUCUUCUUCCACUAGGCUACCUUGCAGUAUAUUGUGUUUUCAUAUGGUCUAUGUUGAGUGUUUAUUGUGUGUUCACUCUAGUUACACUAGACUGAAGUCUUAUGGUCAUGAUUUUUGUCUGCUUAUUAGUGAAGCUGAUUACAGAAACUAGUAUUAUUGAUAUUUGUGCUAAAAAGUGAUGAACAAAUGUUGGAACCUGGCUUGAAGAGGAAAUUGCUAAAUUGCUGUUUAUUGGAAGCUAAUUUUGGAGCCAUCAUUAGAGUUAAAAAAAACCAGCUGUUUUCAUGCUUUAAAUUAUUCAGACUGAUUUUAAUUUUGCAUUUGGAUAGUGUUGUAGCACGCCCUGGGAUCUUAUGGUGAAGGGCGGGUAAGAAAUCCUAUUGCUAAUAUUAAUACUCUGUUGACUAUAGGGUCCAGCAAAUUUACUUGCUCACAAACGUUUUUAUUAGUUCACCUGCCUUAAAUGUCCCUGUUAGUCAUAUAUGGCCUAAAGGGAAAAAACAACCAACUUCUUGAAAGCUUCUCUACCCAGUCACCUAGAAACAUUUCUUAACAAAGCACAGGUGAUCAAGCGAGUAUUUUUCUAUGUCAGAUUUCUGAUAAGAGUUUUCCUGCUUUAAAUUAGUAUUCCACACAGUAUGGUCUUGAUGCGAUUGUGCUAUAAUCCCUUUAAUCUUCUCUGUAACCUGUGUUACUUUACAACGUUGGUUUGUCAGAAAGAUGAAGUACUCAUUGCAUAUUAUAUUCUUAACUGAAAGCAAGCAGAUUAGUCCACCAACCACUGGUAUCAAAGAACGGACAGUUCAGUAGGAUUAAACUUGACUUAACAUGCCAAUUCAUUUGUGACUCCUAGGUUGCUGUUAGGGUGUGUCAAUACAUAUGAUAGCCUUAUUCUAGGUUGCAGUGGAAUCUGAGAAGUUAAAGACAGUAUUGCAGACAGAUGCAAUUAAAUAUUAUGUUGCAGCAGUAUACAUUAUUACCUAUAAAGUGAACAUCAGCUGCACUCUGUUACUUUUGAAGCACAGUCUGUCGCCUUGAAGGCUUGGAUAGCUAGGUACAGUUUGGGUAGUCACAUAAUCAUAGGCUUGUGUGAUUUGAGAGUGGGAGGAGAGGGUUGUUCUGUUGGUAAGUGAUCAUGUUUGCUUCUUCCUGCUUUGGGGUUUUUUCUUAAGGUGGCAGAUUGAUGUUUUCCAACAUUUCCUAUUAUGCAGACAUAAUACACAUACCACCUUUGGAAAAUGCACGUUUCCUCCCUUAGAUGAGCUUUGGAGUUUGUCUCUUUGUGAUCAGUCUAUACCACAUGUUGUCCUGUGGAAGCUGGGGCUGUAGAUUGCCGAAUUGUUUCUGAUGAGCAGUGUUAGAGAGAAGUGUUUCUGUCUUGAUGGCAGAGGCCAGUACAUGGAUGGGUGAAGGUCAGGGGCACAUAGUUUGACUUAAAACUCAGGUCUGUAGCAUGUUGCUAUGGAGUGAGAUGAUCUUGAUAUUGGGAACGGGACACUGACCGGCAAAGUCAUUCUUCCAUACCUCCAGUGAUGUCGUUUUUGUACUUGCGAGCUGUGCACGACUUUGCAGAAGCCUGUCCUUUGCAUGGCACCGCAGUGUAAGGACAUUUCGGUGUGAUCCUAUUACACUGAUAUGCUCCUUAACAGCAAGUGGAGCUGUAUGGAGUCACUUUUACCUGCUUCUUAUACCUCAUAUUGCAGUUACGGUUAAAAAGCAAAACAAAACCACCUUCCAAAAAGCUUGUUGGGCUUCAUGUGGCACCCAGAACUCUAAAUCCUCCAUCUGUUGUCAUCCAGUUGCCAAAAUAAAAUCUGUACUGCCUCUGUUUCUUCACAAAAGGAACCCUCAGCCUAUCAAGCUAAUGCCAGAAAGGCACAUGUGGUAGCUGACUACCAAAAGGCCUGAGAUAAUUAUACAGUUAGGAAAUUACCAUUAGAAGCUUCAGUCGGUUGCAUAUAAAUACUUCUCCAUUCCUCAAACAGUAGUUCACUAACUCUGAAUACCAGCAGCUGGAUUUUAAUCUCCAGUUCUAGUAAUGGCUGAUUUAAUUUCUUCUUGGCAAGGCUGUAUGAAAUGCUAUAGCUCGUACAAGAAACACUCUGGCAUGUCCCCAGAAGCAUUUUGCACUUCAAGUUUACCGCUGGAUUUGUCUCAGUAAAGACACUUCAACCAAUUACUUGGUUAUUUUAAAACAGCGUAUCAUUUAAUAAAGUAUCUCCACUUAGAUCGCCGUUCCAAUAAAAUAAACAAACAAGGGAUGUGAGGGGAGGCUUGAAAAUAUACACUUGGCACUUAUUAACCUGAAGCUGGAAACACUCUUAACAAGUUUAAGCAACAAGGUUGGCUACAGUCACAAAUGCUAUCACGUUAUUCAAUAAAAAGCCACAAGACAUACUUGAAUUCUAAUACGAUGCCCUAUAUUACAUAUAGUUUAUAUACUGUUGAGUUGUCAUAAGCAUAAAAUUUUCUUUUAAGGCACUGAUGGCUCUGGAGAGAACUUUCUACUUGCACUUAAAUUAGUUGCUAUUUGCAUGAAAUAAAACGAUCUUUUUAAAUUGCAUAAUCUGCAAAGAAUUUUUUUUGCUUGAAGUACUAUGUGUGCCAAAACACCAAACGUAAAAUAGGUCCAGUACACACUGUUCUCUUCUUGACUUAACAUUUAUUAGUAUAAAUUGUGUUUCUCUUUAAUAUGCUAAAGCAAGUACAUAAACUGCAGAAAUUGGUGUGUCUGCACUUCCACAGGAGGGGGAAUGAUACUUUCUCACUUUCAAAGUGCUCCCAAAAAGUGAGGCUAUUUCCCAUGCUUUUCCAAGCAAGGAGCUGGGAGAGAGGGAUUGGCCAGAAUCUUUUGCUGAUGUUUAGUGUUCUAUAUGCAAAUUAAAAGCUGUACUUGAAUUUAUUGGAGUAUCAAUAAAUAUUUUGAGAUGUGAAAACUCAAUAACACACAUUCCUUACAUUGUUUAGGUUUUUUUUAAAUAAAAAAGUAAGGCACUGAAAAUUGUUAUACUAAGUUUUGCACAUUCUUGUAUUUAUAAAUAUGCUCUUGCUUCCAAGGGAGGGCCGCAUUGGGGGGGGGGGAGACCAGUUAACCGUUUAAAGGCUUGGGUAAGAAUAGAACUGUUUGGAUGCAUGAAAUAAACCUUUUAGCUGCACGAUCAUGCUUUAUUCAUCAGACAUAUAAUGUAGGUUUCAUAUUUAACAUGACUAAAAUGCACUGAACCGUCCACAUCACUGUUAGGUGUAUUUGAGCCUGGCUGCAGAAUACAGUCGCUUUGUAAGUCCUGCUUGUCAGAAGUUUUUGUUAUUUCUGCAAAGUUUGCUAUCCGUGCAAACCAGUUUGCAGAGGUGGCCCGUGAGAAGACAGUUGGCAUAAAAACUGGCCUCAAGCCCAGAGUUUUUGUAUGUAUAGUGUGGUGAAAUGGUAAUUUUAAACGUUUAAGAAACAAUAAAUAAAUGAGCUUAACAGAGCAGCGAGAUUCUAAAGAUUCACUUUCAAGCUAAUGUUUGCCUGAAGUAAGACAAUUUUAGGAAUCUCAUCAUAGAAGAGAGAGAGAUUCUAGCCUAGUCCUGCAUCCAUUGCCAGUAUUUGUCAGAUAGAUAUUCCUUGUUUUAGAAUCCCUUCAGUGUUUUUCCAACAUGCAUGUGGCUGCUGUAUUUAUUUCGUUUAUCUUGACAGCGGCCCUACAUGCUUGUCAUGAAACUUCCUGUUAUCAGAUGUGGAACUGACGAUGAGAUAGAGGAAACAGAUGGCCAUUUGGCCACACAGCUAUAUCGGAUGUGUGGUAAAUUUUAAUCGUUAACCUCACUUGAUAGCAUGAUCUAGACAACUGGCUUAUUGGAUGCAAAACCUUUUUCCAUCCCAGGUGGUUGCCUACUGGUUCCUGCUAGUAAAGGCUUUUUUGUUCAAUGUCUUUCUUAGUCCUUUUCUAUAAAAGCAACUUAAUGUAUUCAAAGCGGCCUCCAAAAAUUAUUUAAAAGUAUUGUAGGGAAAUUCUGGAAGGAACACCAAAGAGAUUUUUGCUAACUAAGUAUAUACAGUGGUACCUUGGGUUAAGUACUUAAUUCGUUCUGGAGGUCCGUUCUUAACCUGAAACUGCUCUUAAUCUGAAGCACCACUUUAGCUAAUGGGGCCUCCUGCUGCCGCCGUGCCGCCGGAGCGCGAUUUCUGUUCUCAUCCUGAAGCAAAGUUCUUAACCCGAGAUACUAUUUCUGGGUUAGCGGAGUCUGUAACCUGAAGCAUCUAUAACCUGAAGCAAUAUGUAACUCGAGGCACCACUGUAUCUUCUGAAGGCCAUAUAUAGAACCUUCUUACUGUGUUAAGGCUUAACUAGUGGCCUACAUUCACAUGCCAGCUCCCGAAACUCAUAGAGCCAGCAUCCCCCUUUCUUCUGAACCGUUCUUGCCCUUUGUCUCCCAGAUCCUUCUUUCAGCAGUUACCCAUCUUCUGAUGGAGUUCCCAUCUGUGCAUGUUGUUGAUCUAUUCCCCUAGAUUCUACCUGGCUGCAGCUUUUCAUCCUCCUAACUGUUUUGAGGCUCAGGCUAUCCACCUUCAUUAGCCAUGUUAGGUAUUGGCACUGCAAUAGUCCUGUCGUCUGUAAAGAAUUAGAGAUCAUCAUAUAAUCAUUAUAUGAUUAUAAUGUUUUAUUUGCUUCUCCCCCACCACGCACACAAUUUGAUUGCAUCAUAUGCUGUGUUGCUGGCAGCAUAAUAUAUAGGCAUGCACCUAUGGAACUAUGAGAAGGCGUCAUUAGGGUGUUACGUUUCUGGCACUCCUUAUUACAGUUUAUGGUUUGCUUGAUUUCUAGCUGCCAAAGAUAAGAGGAGCAAAAACAUACUACUGUUAUUUCGCAAUCUGCCUUGAUUUACAUAAAUUGAUUGUAUAUAUUUUAGAAGUCCUAUUCUUAGGGGAAGGAAGAGUGCUUAAAAUAUGCAAUAUACAUAUUUACAUUCUGAUGUGCUUUUUAAGCAUCUGAUACUGUGUUGUUAUAAGGGAGAGGAGCAAGGAAUCCAUUUCAGUUUCAACAAAAUUACUCAUUUUGUUCGCGCUAAACCCAAAUGCUUGAGUUUUUAAAUAAACUUGUUUCAUCAAGCUGCCUUUCAACAGACUGUAGCUUAACACAUUGACAUGCAAGAGCUGCAUUCCUAAUGUUGGCAAUGGCAUGAAAACCAAAGGUUAAAGUCUUCAUCUUUGAAUAAGAAUUGCAAAAUAAAGCUCAUAAUAUCAAUUGGAUUUCUGCAUUAGUGGUUAAACUGUUUUCUUUGAUUUUUGCCUCAGAAAUGAGAUUUACAUGCCUUGAGUUUUAAUCUCUCAAUUGCGAACAGUUUGUGCUAGGCAACAGCCAAGGGCAAAUAGGUGGGUUCAUAGAGAUCCAGGCAAUAUUAUGAUAUCAGCCCAGCUGGGGCUGAAGCCCAGUGAAUCAGGCAGCAGAAUGCAUAGAAAAAACUCAAACCUAAUCCAGACUACAGCUCCAAACAAAGGAAGAUACUGUGCAGAGGAGUGAGAAAUCAAGGGACCCAAGGUGAAAUUGUACAUAUGCAGUGUCAUCGCACCCAAUCCCAUUCUCUCGCAGACAGGCAUCCGAGAAUGGCACUGGCUUUUUGCCCAUGAUCCUCUGGUUCCAAGUUGCAACCAAAACAUGUGGGCUUUCGUAUGUGAGCAUUUGUUGUGCUCUGGUGUCUGAUACAUUUCCAGUUAUUGUGUAUUUGUUUCCAUAUCUAAUAAUGUAGCAAGGCUGGGCAGAAGACCCAUCAGAAUCUACUUGUAGAUCUGAGUGUAAAUGGCAAGCAUUCCUGACUCCCCACUGUUUAAUCAUGGCAGCAACAAAAUGACUCCGCCGCCGCCCUGUCCUAAAUUAUACUCCACAAAUGAAGAAAGGUUCGAGUAGCCAGGAAUCAUUUUUUGUUUGGAAGAACUGUGAACUCAGUUCUGUUCUGCUAUUUACAGGAUUCUGAGUCCAGGAAUUUGUUUUAUUCCUAAUUAUGUGCCAGACUAUACUGGAAUUACCUUUGGCAUAGAACUGAGCAGUUAGAUUUAUCUCGAAGGAUUAGGGCAAGCUGUAAAUUAAGUGGGACUGUGUAUUAAGAGGAGUUUCCAACUGAAUUACUGAAAAAUACACCAUUCAUUAAUAUAAUAGGACCUUCUUUGCAAUAAAAUAAAAUAAAAUUGUCAGCUCUGAAGAACUGGAAGUACUUCUCGAAGUUCAAUCAGCAGCUGCUGGACACCGUCUUCCUCUCUUUUCCUACAUGCCCUGAUUGCACUUGGCUUCAAAAGAGAUAAACUUUGUUUAGGGCAAGUACUGGAAGGGACAAGGAGCUGUGAUGCAAGGAUGACUUAUUUAGUUCAUUAGCUGCUGCAUGCAGCCAGAGCCUGUCCACUGUGGCUCUGCACUGUGCUUCUGGGUCCUAGAGAGGGCCUCUUCUCUCUUCUUUGCUAAUGCUGCAGAUGGCUGCUGAACACAGUGCCACUUAGUGCUCCUUCUGCUAAUGUCAGAUUGCCAGCUGACCAUAGUUACCACUCACAAUGGUUGUUGCUGCAAGGGUUGAAAACUGAAAAAAGGGAAAAGGGGCCAUACCUUUAUUUAUUUAAUUAAUUAAAUUUGCAUCCUGCCCUUCCUUCCAGUGGAGCCCAAGGCAGCAAACAGCAGAAUGAUGUUAAAAGUUCCUGCUGCUGCAUAUUCUUAAUAAUAAUAAUAAUAAUAAUAAUAAUAAUAAUAAUAAUUUAUUAUUUACACCCCGCCCAUUUGGCUGUGUUUCCCCAGCCACUCUGGGCGGCUUCCAACAAAACACUAAAAUAUAACAACCUAUUAAACAUUAAAAGCUUCCCUAAACAGGGCCGCCUUCAGAUAUCUUCUAAAAGUUUGGUAGUUAUUUCUCUCUUUGACAUCUGCUGGGAGGGCGUUCCACAGGGCGGGUGCCACUACCGAGAAAGCCCUCUACCUGGUUCCCUGUAACUUGGUUUCUCGCAGCGAGGGAACUGCCAGAAGGCCCUUGGCGCUGGACCUCAGUGUCCGGGCAGAAAUUUGACCUACAAUGAUAGUAAAAGGUAGGAGAAUAAUUUGCAUCCAUUAAUAUCAGAAUUAGUUCAGUUUAGACACCUACAUUAUGCUAGAACUCAAAUGCAACAGCACCACAAAAUUACAUCAUUUCAUCAUUUCUGUUCUCAUUAGGUUUAAAAGGAGCAUUCUGUUGGAGCCAUUAAAAGGCUUUUUUCAUGCCUAAUUUCAAAAAGUUCCUGGGGGGAGGGACCUCUGUGCAUGCUUCUUCCCACCCCUUCUGUCUAUCCUUCCUAGUACACUAGUCAGUUGAGCAGUUCACCUUUAAAACGUUUAAUGAGAGUUUCGUUUGAUGAAGAGGAAAAUGCUGUGGAAAUGUAUUCACUUUCAGUUGCCUUUCAUUCACGUGUGUGUGUGUGUGUGUGUGUGUUUGUGUCUGUGCUUAAAAAGAAAGUGUCGUAUUUCUGAGUAAGAUAGAUGAUAUCUUGGUGAGCUCCUGGUCCUGUUACACAAUUCCCAGUAAACACAGUCUCUUUAGAACUGGACUCUAGGUAAUAUUUGCUGGAUCUGAAAUCUUAGUUAGAAAGUGAUAAGGUAUCCUUAGGGGCCUUGUGAACUCAUGGGUCAUGACUGAGGAUCUGGGCCACAGAACAUUCCAUUUCUAUAUUGGUGUCAAAAAGUAUUCUCAGCUAUUCAGGGUGUCUGCUGUUUGUUAUGUCAUCUAUAGUGGCUGAAAUUUUCUGCAUCACAUUUUUCCAUUCUUAAUAACAAAUACUCCUUUCUCGCUGCUGAAAUGUAAGCUUACAUCCAAGGCAGUAAAAGUUCGGUUCCUCUUUAAAGCAUGCUAGGAAUGUUGAUGAACUCUUUUCUCUACUCAUUUAUGAUCAAGCUAAUGAUAGUGUCUGACAACAGCCAGGUAUUAAACUUUGAAAUAAGUACCUUUUGCAACCAUACCAGAGCCAACAAAAGUAAAGAUACAAGAACCUUAUGCCUAAAGAAAGAACAUGAAUAUUAUUUUAUGGCACUAACCUAUUGAAAUUAAUGUAUUUGCAUACUCCAAUAUAUAUUGAUUUCCACAAUUUAAAAUAUACCAACAAGAGGUUGCAUCCAGACUUGCUCACUGAAAUUCUUCUAGUACUAGAGGAAGAUGACAGAGUGGGGAUUUUGCCCCUUUCUCCCUUCCCCCUUCAGCCUGCAGUUCCACUUCCCACAGUGGAUGAGAGCAAAUCUACAUCCAACCCAUGGAGUUUAGUAAGCUUUAAAAAAGCCUAUGCACGUGCAUGUAUGAAUGUGUGUGUAUGUAAUGUGUAGGUUCCUGCUUUUUUCUGUAUUGUAAUAAUACGCUUACACGAAUGUGAGCUUUGCGAAUGUACUUAAUUGUAAAGCUAUUUCAAAAGUUGUGCAGGUGGCCACUAACUUAACACUACUACUGGCUACUAAUCAUGCUGACUAUAUGGAGUCUCCAUGCUCAGAGGGCUAUGCUAUUGAAUACCAGUUGCUAGGGGAAACUGGGGGAGCUAGUUAUUAAUUUCAUGCCUUGGUUGGGGGCUUCAUAGAGGCACCUGGUUGGCCAGUAUAGGAAACAGGUUACUGGUUACUUCCACUAGUCCAAGUUAGUAAGCUUCUUAAUGUUGCCUUGUGUUCUUUCCAAUAUAUUUCCAUUGUUGGAAGCGGGGAGGAAUCAUUGCUAUAUAAAUAAUGGCAUUCAUAUAGCAUGUCACAUAAUUAUAUAAACUUCCUGAAUGUAUAGAGUAUUUAGAGGAUUCCUCAUACUUUAUUUUAGCAACAUGGUAAGGUCUUAGAGGGGAAGCUGUCAAUUCUAUGAUAGUGAAAGGUUUGGAGGGGAAGGUUGGACAUGAAAAUGUCAUGACUUCAGAGUCUAGUGUCUUGCAGCUAUGUGGAACUAAAAAUGUACUGGCUGAGAUCAGACAUCGUGCUAGGUCAGCUUCCAAAUCAUGGUAGUUUGACCAGGAGCAUCCCCCAUUAGCUUGCAUAAGCCUUCCUCCACCCUCUUCCUUUCUCCCCCCUUCAAUCUGUGCACUCUUUCCUUCUCACUUCCCUGGUAAUUGGUAACUGUGAUUUACCUUGCAGACUAGUCAUUGAAACUGGGGUUGGAUCUAGUUUUAAUUUUUAGGUUGAGACCUAACUUUUGUUCACUGUUGCUACCUUGGCUUAGAUGUAACUCUAAAAGCAUAGUUAUGGCUGCCCAGAGAAGAAAGGGGGCGUUUUCACAAGGGGAGGAGGGGCGAGGAACCCACAGAGUGUGGCUGCUUGCUGUUUGACAGCUAGGCCAGUGUUGCAUAACUAUCACUGUUAAUAUUAAUUUGCCAAGAUUCUGCCACCCCAUAAGGAAGGCAACACUUUUAUUCUGGUACAGGGAUACUGAAAACAUGGAAAAUACCUACAUUAGUUUAUCCAUAAAUGGUGUAAUGGUUUGUGGGUUUUUAAAAAUAAAAUAAAACAAAACUCAGCGGGCAUGUCUGAAAUUUCUAUACAGUUGGCCUGCUGUUAAUUCAAAUGCAUGAAUUCAAGUAUGUAAAGUUACACGGAAAACCUUCACUAAAGGUGGUAUUUCUAUGCCACUCGGUCCGAAACCAAGGUUAUCUGUGCAGGGUACAUGUUUUUAAAGAUCUCUAAAUAUUUAAAGAUCACUAAAUAUUCCAAAAGUAGUUGUUCUGCAACACAUGUGUUCUGUGCCAAAUGAAUUAGGUAUGUUAUGCAUGAGGUAGACUGGUUCAAGUUGCAGAACAUAUUUUUGGCUUUUCCGAUCUUAGGCAGUGCCAUCGCCACCACUAUCUCAGUGUUGAGGUUGUGAUAAUUCUCCUGCUAAAUCACUUGCAAUGUGUGCAUGUGGAAUAGCAUGAAGAAUGAUGUGUGAAAUGUGUGUUAUUUGGAAGGGUAGAAGCAGUACUUUUUUGGGGGGGGACACAGGGGCAUGCAUACCCUAAACAUACUGUGAAUCUUUGUACUUCUGUCCAUUUACUGUAUUUAUUUUUUCCAAUUUGAACUAUAAAAUGGUGCUUUUCUUGAGUCAAAAUGAGAGUACCCCUAAACAUUUUUUUUUAAAAAAAUGUGGCUGGCUAGAAGUAUUUCUGGUUCACACAUUCUUCAUCCAAGCAUGACAGUUUAAACUAACUCACUGCUGGCGUUAGUCUUGCAGGGUAAUCUUAGAACAAGGCGAGGAGAGCUAGACUUUUUCUCCUCCUCCUUGUCACUUAAGUCAUCUUUGUUCUUGUCAGAGGACUGAUACACAAGAGCAGAAUUUUUGUCAUCUCAGUAUACAACUUGGCAGAACUGAACAGGCAAGCUGGGUGGCAUGGGGCAGCAUGGUGUGCAUGCCCCCAAAGCUAACAUUUACAUUAUCUUAUUUUUGUUAUUCUAUCCCAGCAAUAUCUUUGUUCGUGGGCAGUUGGAAUUGUUUCACAAUAACACUAAUGAAUAUAGCAGGUAUAUUCCAACUGAUAUUGUUGUUGUUGUUUAGUCGUGUCCGACUCUUUGUGACCCCAUGGACCAGAGCACGCCAGGCACUCCUGUCUUCCACUGCCUUAGUCAAACUCAUGCUGGUAGCUUCGAGAACACUGUCCAACCAUCUUGUCCUCUGUCGUCCCCUUCUCCUUGUGCCCUCCAUCUUUCCCAACAUCAGGGUCUUUUCCAGGGAGUCUUCUCUUCUCAUGAGGUGGCCAAAGUAUUGGAGCCUCAGCUUCACGAUCUAUAUCGUCAUUCUCAAAUGUAAAAUGUUUGCUUUUUAAAAAUUUCAAACUUUAAAAUCAAUUAUGCCAUUAUAGUUGAAGAAGGAAAAAUGGCUACCCAUCUUUUAUUGCUCUAGUUGCUGGUCUUUUUUGGUGUGUUUACCACUUCCUUUUGCUAAAUGGAAAGUUGCCUCUACCCCUGAAUUUACCUACUCAUAUAGAGUGCUCCUAAUAAUCAAAUCAAUCUCUGGGAACAAUCCCACAACAAUACUUUUAUGUUUAUGAAGGCCUCUAUUCAUUCCAUCUGGACUUUUCUGCCCCCCCCCCCCCCAAAAAAAAGACUGGUCUUCUGUUCCUUCCCUUGGACUGUGCUUCCUCCAUGCUAUACUUCCUAGCCAACAUGCAUUGCCUGUCAAAUUUCUAUCGAGGUUGUGGAUAAGAGAGGCUUCACCUCGAAGAUGUUUAGUAAUUAGGUUUCCUAAUGUCAUUGUUUCUGGACAAGUGAUUAAAUUCUGCAGAACUGACUUUAGCCCCUAGCAGAUGUGAGAUUGUCAAGCAGCUGUGCAACCUGAACUUCAAUUUCACAAUCUAUUGAUUCAGCUAGCCUGUCAGUUAGCUGUAGGAAUUGGAGUCAUCCUAAUUGGUCUGAGGUUAUGGAGGGACUCUGUGUUUUGCCUGGUACUACUGUUACAGCGCACUGUAUCUGAAGUUCCUAGCCAGCACUCUUGGGGCUUUCUGUUCUGUGGUACAGAACAGAAUGUGUUUAUAUGAAAUGCUGUGUUGCCACCGUUGUGGGCUUUCAAAAACAAACAAAUUGAAUUAGGAUUUUUUAAAAAAUAUCAAUGCAAAUUAGGAUAAUUUUUAUCAUAUUUUUUAUUUUCCAUAGGAGAAUUCUCUGAUGCUCUGAUGAUCUUAUUUAUUAUGUUUGCUUUACUUGUAUUUAGUAAACAAUGCUAUAAACUUUGACACUGCCCAACUUGCCUGAUAUUGUAUUUGCAAAUGGCACCCACUAAUGUUCUUAUGAAACAGAAACACUUCUAGUACGACAUGCUAGAAAAAAUUCCUUUGUCAAUGUGAUCUGGUGCUAAAUCAUGAUUCUGGAAUUAAAAUGUUUCCAUGGCUUUGUCCAGAUUUUGCACCAAGAAAAGUUAGAUACCACCCUUUUUUAAUAUGUUUUUAAAUUUAUUUGAUACCAUUGCUGAUAACCAGUAUCAAGCCCUCCAUUGCAACUGUGGUGAAUAAGGAAUAGCUGUUGUUCAUUUUUGGAUAGCUAGAUUGUGACAUUUGCACCUACCUGUUUUUUCAGCCUAUCAUCUUUCUUAAGAUGCAUCUUGGCUAUGAUGCCUCAAAUGGUUUAUGUCAUCGCUCAGCGCACAGCCCCAUUACAAAUUGUGAGCUGCACACUGAUAGUUAAAUCCUAUUGAAGUUUUGUUUCUAAACCAAACUUGAAACUAUAUGUUUUUUGGAAAGUGCCUGAAAUAAAUUUGGAUCUUAUUUAGCAAAUAUAAAACACCAAAUACAGCAAAAGAGCUUAAAGGUGUUAUACUGAGUUAUCAAUUAUUAUUUUUAUUGUAAAAAGGGGGGAGUAUGCAAUAUUGAUUUUACAUUCUGUUUAGGUGUCUCAGAGUUUUCCCUGGUAGCCAAAGGUUCUUGAUGUGAGGGUUUUCUGUUGUUGUUGCUUACAUUUUACCUUGGAAUGAAUCCAGGAAUUUGUUUUGUAGUUACUUUUAUUGGAAUAUUAGUAUUUAUUUAUUCUUGAUGUUUGUUGACUUCUUAUUAAUAGACUGCUCUAUAACCACUUCCUCUGGACAAUUUGCAAACAAUAUUUUAAGAUGUGGCAAUGUAGGAACAGGCACUCCCCUUCUGUGGUUUAAAUUUUAAACUUGGAGGGGGAUAACAUAUCUUAUCCUCAGCUUGGACUGUCCAGACAGCUGGGUGUUAGAUAUUGUUUGUUACUCCAGAGGGAAGAACUAGUAGAACCAAUGGGUCGAAACUGUGAAGACGCAGAGAUUUCUUUCACUGCAAUAUUUGAAGAGAAUCUAGAUAAUCAACUGUCAGGGAUGCUGCAGCUGCAUCCUGCAUUGAGCAAGGGGUUGGACUUGAUGUCCUCCAGGAUCCCUUCCACCUCUAUGGUUCUAUAAAUACUUGCUUUGCAAAAUUUUCGGUUAUUCUUUAUUUUAUUAGAUUUUUUUACCUAUCCUUUACCAUAAAGUCUCAGGGUGGGUUCCAGCAAUAAAAUACACAAUUAUAAAACAGCUACUACAAAAAUGGUAAAAACAAUUCAAUAUAUAAAAUGUUUAAAAGCAAUUCCACGUACAAUAGUGGUUAAAAAUCAUUCCAAUAUAUAUGCAGACCAGCAUAAAGAUCUCGCAACAUUCCAAAGGGAGGGAGAAUUUUUUUCAGGUAAAAUCCAAGCGUGCAGUUAUUCGCAUCCUUGUUUAUGAACUAAUUCUGUGUUAACAACUGGUUGUCUAGAUUAUUUUUGCAGCUCAGAGUUACGUAUGCAGGAAAGAAACAUGUAUUCAUUCAUGUACACAGCAAAGCUCUGAUAAAGUAUAUUAAGUGACUGGGGGGUGGUGGUGGUAGAAUUUAGUAUUCAGAAUAUUAAGUAAUUUUAUAGAAUAGUUCUGAAGCAUGCUAGUUGUGAAAAGUUCUAUUAAAUAAUCCUUUUGGAAAGCUGCAGUGUUGCAUGAGUGUUCAUCAUGCUGUUCAUAUUGUACCAGGAUUUGUUAUUGCAUGUUGAAUGAUAGCUGUUGUAAAGGAAACUGGGGCAGUAGCUGAUUAGCACAUUAUAUGGUAGAUUGUUUUAAGUACGGGCCUCUCAAACUCUGCCAGGUUGUCUGAAAACAGAGGGAUUAAUUUACAUCAGCGAGGAUUCCUGGUGUGACCAUGUUAGAUAAAAUUAGACUCCUCCUCCCUGUUUUCACUAGUUAUCUGCCAGGACCUUUGUGACUCAAGCGCACUUCACUGUAACAGCAAACGUUACAUAAACCCAAACAUGGAGCCUAUUUGGAGUUUGUGGGCAGACCCAAAUUAUGAUGCAAGCUUCAGUGGCAAGUGUGCAGUGAAGCACGGUCAAAUUAUGUGAAUGGGGGAGUGAAACAAGAACGCUUUCCAGAACAGCCUUUUUCCUUUAGACAGGGCUUCAAAGCUCUGGGUAACUUUCUGGUGCAGUUUUCAGAGGCAGGAGUUGGCAGGGAUCCCAGAUCUGAAUGGAGUUUGCAGAAGGUUGGUAUAGUUCUGUACUAACACGACAUGAAACGGAGAGACUUACACUUGUGUGCAUUUUUGUAAGUUUGUUUUCUCUCUCGCUCUGCCAGAGGUGGAGCUGUGAAUAGUGUUGAAGUCCCGUAGAUGGCCUUUGCAGAGUUAGUUGAUCAAAGUGGAUAAUCUCAAAAUGAGGGAUUAACUGCUGCAAGCGGCCCACAUAAGCCAUUCUGAAAUGUGAUUUGGCCAAAGUUCAAACGCAGAUGGGAGUUGAGUUUGCUAUUAACUCAGACGAAAUGCUGAUGUUUGCAUGGAGCUAUCCCAGUAUUUUGGAACAUAGUAGCUCUUUUUAAACUGUAUCGCAAAGACGUGUAAUUGUUUACCAAGCUGACUGAUGUCUAAGAUUAACAUUUCUGCGUGCUUAAAACGCUUAAGCUGUUAUUUUGUUAAUCAUAUUUAUGAUUAAAGUGCUUCUGUGAUCAAAAUAAGUUCCCUGAACAGAAUGUGAUCUGUGUUAAAGCGGCUUCUCUGCAGAAGUUUAAAAUGCACAUUUUUGUAAAAGAAGAAACAUUUGACAAGGGUAAGCAACAAAAGAUACAAAGAAAUUUGGAUCUGGUAAUUUCAGCCUUCUGAAAGUGCUGUGUUUGUUUUGUUUGAUUUAUUAAUAAGCACUGGCUUAAUAAGCUAAUUUUAGAAGCUAAUCACCUGAAAAGCAUAUUUAACUCCCCUUCAUAGUACAAUUGAGCAACGUAAAUUUACAUGUCAGAGUGCUAUAAACACAAGACUUCUGUUUACAACAGGAGAUGAUAAUAAUUUUGUCAUUGUAAAUCUCUUCAAGCUGAAAUGUGAAAAUAAAUUGGUGACCUUAUCACACUACUUAUACUGUAGUUAUAUUUUUAACACUGACAAUUGGUGAUUAUUUAUUUAUUUACUUUUUUUUUUUUGCAUCCCAAAUUCCAUAAUACUAGAGGUUUCCUCUCACCCCCGAUAACAUUUCGCUGAGUUUUAUGUACGUGUAUAAAUAUAAAAUAAAAUUGAAGAGCAUCUUACCGUGCAAACAUAGUGUGGUUUGCCCUUAUUGUUUUCUCUGAAUCAUCACUCAAUUUUAUCAGAGACAAAGCACGAAGCUGCCUGUAUGCUAGAAUUUAUGUUGUAAUCCUUCUAGGCAGCACAUAGUAAUUAUACUGCAAGAGUCUAGAAUAUUUUGCCAACAUAACUACAUUAAAGUUAAUUGAAUGACCAAGUGUCUCUUGUUCUUAAUCAAAAGUGCUGCUGGUAUUGCAAAGGUGUUUUUUUUUUAAAAAAAAUCCUCAUGUCAACAAAGCAGUUUGUUUCUACUCAGUUAUGCUUUGUCUAAUAGCUUGUUACACCUGCUUGAACCCCUUUGGUUAACACAAAGCUACGCUGCAGCAUUCUGUUUCUUGGCAUAUUUUAUAAUUUCAAUUGACUCUAAAGUUAUCAGAAUAUAAAUUUGGGAAUUCAAAAAACCUGCAAGACAGGGAAAAUAAGUAAAUGAAAUUUUCACCCCUCUGUUUCCAAGAUAGCACAGCUGUGUCCCUCCCCCCCCCCCCCACACACAGACACAUCAACAGAAUAGCAUCCUAUUGAGCUUAAAUCCACCUCUGGUCUUUGAAUAUAGGAAACACUGUAGGGUUUCAGUAGGUGGUUCAGUCAGAAAAUGUGCCUUCUUUGCUAUAGUUCUGGUUCACAUGUAACAGUAAGCCACACCAUGGCUUUGUGCAAAAAAAGAGGAAAAAAUCCAUGUGGGAUUCUGUACCAAAGGUUGCGGCCACAGUGCUUCUCCUCAGUUCUUGUUACUGCUGUACUAUCCAGGGCAAAACCAUGGAUUAGUGUAGUACUGUAUAAUGUCCAAAGCCAUGUCUUGCUCAAGACAAAAGACAAGCAGUAAGCAAGGUCAAAUUGAGAUCUUUUAAUUUUUAUCCAUCUGUUUUCAAUAACUGUCUAGAAACCUUUUCAGAUCUUAAUGUUUAUCAAGGCAUUGACAGAUGUUAAAAAUAUUUGUUUUAAAGAAGAACAUUGGGGUCUGUUUUGAUUGAAUUACAAAAGCUGGGAUAAAAGUUGUUGGGAAACUAGUACAAAGGGUAAAUAGUUCAUUAAUUCAUAUAUUAAAUAUUAUACUGCCAGUAUUAUGACGGCAGAAAAUUUCCACAUGUUAGAAAGCCCUGUGGCAUAUUUGUUAAAGCUGAUGCAGAACAGUGAAAAGGUCUUGUGACGUAUUUACAAUGUUCCUUGGCUUCCUGUUCUUCUGGUAGCUGCUCCUGACAGCUUCCACUUAAAACUACUGCCUGCCACUCAGUCUGCUGUUUUUGAACUACUCUUGCGCUUUCCACAGCCAUUGGACUUAAUGUUUCUAUCUAGCGUCUGAUUUACCAUACAGAUUAUGUCAGCUGUUGUGUUUUGUACUGACGGUAGAACAGCAAAACUAAAGGAAGUUCUAGGCUGAUGCAUUGUCCCAGAAAAGGAUCAAUAAAAUUUAUCUACUCCGUCUGCUACAAGAACUGCUGAAGAUGAUUCCUGUUCAGAGUUCGUCUGUGAUAGUGGAGCAGAUGUGUAUAAAAAGAGUAAACUUUGCAACAGCAGCAGUGUGGGGAGUGGGGGUUUCCCACUCCCUGGGAAGAGUGCAACCUGAUAUUAAGAUAUUAAUAAGAAUUUUAAAAACUCUUCUCUACAAAGCUUUAAAAACAUUUUGAAGUGCUUCUCAACAGGUUAGAAGUGGGAAAUGCAUGAACUGAUGGACAGGAACUGUCUGUGUAUCCUGAUUUGCACAUUAAUGAUUGUCAAUAAAAGGGAGGGAGAGAAGUGCAGAUCUAAUGACCGUUAACGGCGGCUUCAUCUUUAUUCAAUCAUAGUUAUUGUAGUAAUAACCAGGAAUGGGAGAAAUGCUUUCUAUUAGUAGGCACCAUCAUUGUGCUUCUUUCACAGUGAGAAAUCCCACUCCCAACUGUUCUAUCAUCCUUUUGGAUUUUUGCACACACACAGAGGGAGAAAUUUAUUCAGUGCUGAAUUCUGUGCCUAGUACCAUAGUCUGGCUUUUGUUUUCACCCCCACUGAAUCUCAGUAAACAUAUGUUUGUCUUAACUGGUGUAAGGUGCUCUGUGAUAGCAGGUCAGACUGUUAUUUUCAUUUUGUGUUACCAUUUUAGGAAUCCAUCAGAUUAAUAAACUAUCUAUGAACCUGUUGUCGUAAAUCUUUAGAGCACGAUUGCUCAUGUAUUAGAAGUUGUGUAUUGAAGAAUUCUUGGUUGUUUUUUUAAAUGCAGUACAGCUGACGAAUGAACUGGCCAGAUUAUGAUCUAUUAAGGUAACUAAUAGGAUCCUAAAUCUAAAGAAGGGCCAUUUUCUUAGUUUCAAACCUCCUGAUGCAGGAGGAAGAGAAGAGUAUAGGCAUUCUAUUCGCCAGUUCCUGAGGCAAACAGUUAAAAGAAAAAAGUGAUGAAUCAGCAGCAGUGUAGACCAGGUGGCACCAAUCUUUUUGGACUAGUGGACACAUUUUGAAUUUUGAGAGAGUGCUGAUGGCACCAGUCACACAUGGCAUAACAGAAAAUGGCUGCCAAGGGGUGUGGCAUAACAGAAAGUUAGAAAGACAACCAUCCCUGAGAGCCAGUUUCCCUUUUCUGAUGCAGCUGCAUGUAAUCCCUGAUAACCUGUGUGGAACAGUUUGGGAUGUGGCGUGGGGAGCUACAGGGAAGGGGGAAUUGUAGAAAAUUGUCUCCCUUUUCUUACGUGAGCAGACUCCACCACGGGAUCAAAAGCUGUGCAAAUGGAAUGACAGCAUUGGAUUUCAAACUUUCACCUCAGUGUGAGUUCAUGAGGUCAUGCUUUUAAAAUACAAUUUUGACAACUCUCAAAUUUAUAUUCUGGUAUCUGUCAUAUCAUACACAGAGAGAUGGGACGUGUGAUAUGAGCUGUUCUUGUCACAUACUUCAUGCUUUAAUGUACAGUUGUGUGAGGUUUGAUGUGUAAUGCCAUGAUUUUAUGUCCCGAGAAGGGAUAGUUGAUCUCAAGUGGGUUCUUUAGGCUGGGGAGUGAGGGUGCUGCCAGUGAAAUCUAAGAGUAAUUCUCCUGCAAAGUAUCAGCUUAAUACUGGAUAAGCAGCAGAUUCUGUCUUCCAGAUCUCCUCUUUAAUUACUACCAGAUAAGAGAGAUGCACUCUCUCUAGGCCUUGAUUUUCAUACUAUAAUACCCUAUAUAAUAUUACUCACAGGGUGGCUUUACAGAUAAAAAUAGUUCAGUUAUUUCCCCAUUUUAUUAGGUCCAAGUAUUCACACUUUUCAAACAGAAGAAGACAUAAUAUAUAAUUUCAUCAGUUACCUCACAAAAGCCCCUUCACAUGAGGGUCUCAUUUGUUGUUGGAUAUCCAAAAUCUACAUCUGUUGCUCAGUUCCUGCUUAAAAAUAUUUUGGUACAAGAAAUGUUGGAUUUGUAAUUUUGUCUAGAUAUGCCAUUUUUCUACCUUUACCGUCCUAGUCUAAUAUUGAAAUUUAUAUCACCAUUGAAGACUUCACUGUCAAAACAAUUAACAAACACUGCCUGAGUCACCUAGUGAAAAAUGCCGUUAAUGAUAUUUCUGUCAAUUAAAACUGUACAUUGCAAAUUAAUGAGUGUUAGUUGUUACAUCAGUUUCUCAACCAAUAGUUUAUAUAUGUGUGUGUUACAGUGUAACUCCCCUGUCAUUUUAAGAUGAUGUAAAAUAGAAGAUACAGUACUGGUAACUUGCCAAUGAAUGGAUCAGAUACUAUUUUUAACAUUGAGUUGUAUUGGGAUUUAAGAUUUGCUAAGUGUACAGUAGCUAAGAAGGUAGAAAUAUCUAGCCUUUUCUUUUUUCUUUUUGCUUCUUGUAAGGGUCCAGUAUCACUAAUAUUGGCUCUAGCAAAAUCCUAAAGCACUGCUGAACUUUUAAGGCCUCCAAAUAGUAAGUUAGCAAAUCCACUCUGGGAAUCUCGCCAUUGUUAUAAAAAGACACUUGGCACUUAGUACUUUGUCCUAUUUAGAAGCACACAAUUUACUAGGCUAUAAAAUGCAAAUAUACUUGCACAGCACGUAGUUUUGUAAAUAGACUAAAUGGCCUGUUUUUGGAUAUGGUGGAAGAUUACUAAGAGAAAAACUAGAAGUGAAUCAAUGCAAAAAUUUAUUUGCUCCCAGACUUCUGGGGUCCCUCCACUUUUUAUUUAGAACUCAGAAUUACAACAGAAGCAUGUGGUUCAUUUUUAAGUUUAAAUGUGUAGUUUUGACACCUCAGAGAGCUCUACCUUAUUUUGCUGAUUGGCUGGGAGGGUCUGGUUGAUUUCGAGGUGUUCGAGAAAGGGAUGAAUUAGCUUGAAUGCUAAUCCUAACAAUUAAGAAUAAACUUGAAUUAGGAUUCUUUGUGCCUCUUACUAAUUGGUGGUGGUGUUUUCACCCCAUCUAUGAUUGAUCAUGUGAUUGAUCAAAUAAUCCAGGGAUUAUGUUGUUCUUGGGAUGGAGUGGCAAUCCUCGGAUUUAGAGUCUGCAUUUAGUGCACCACUGUGAAAUUUGGUCAUAAAUCAAGCAAGAGCAUCAAACUUGCAUAUUAACAUAUUCCGAUUGUAAUUCUUUUUGUUGCUAUUUGUGCAAUUACUAUCACAGACCCUGAAAUAGCAAGCAUGCUUCGAGAUAAUUUAUGGUUUGGCCACAAAUGUGUACACAGAUGAACAUGAAAUAUUAAAUUUACACACACACCCAACAAGGCUGCUGGAAUUUCAGAUGAGUAGAUCCUUCAUCCUGGCUUUGCAGUUCCCCCAGUCUGUUCUCUAUGCAAUGCUACCUUUUCAGGAAGUGAUAUAUUCAUAUUGGGAUGGGUAAUGACCUCCUCCCCAAAUAUUAUUUAAUGUCUUGAUGUACAAACAUGGGAUAUUCCUCUAUUAUUUAUAAAAACGAAAGUACACAUUUAGAUGUCUGAUUUUCAUUCCUAUAUCUGAGGUGUGAAAGCUGACCAAAAUUAGAUGGCCUGUGACCUCAUGCAAGGAUGUAGACUUUAAUUUCAGAAAAGAAAGCUGAUGUUUAUAAACUAUCAGUAAAUCUUGAGAACCUCACAGAGGAGACAUACUGCAUAGGGCUACCAAUUGCUGAGUCUUCAUUUAUGUGUGGUAUAAAAAAUAGCUAUGCAGAUUUUUGGUUGAAAAAAAUAUUAGGUUAAUCUGAAGGGACUAUUUCAGACUCUUUCUUAUUUCGUAUGAAGAGUCAGUGAGGCUUAUGCAGGGCUAUUCCAGAGUUUUCCUGAUACCACUGUUUUUCUUGUGAUUCCUUAUGAGAUAUCUGGGGGCGGCAGAUCCAUAAGCCGGUAACGACUUGAUUAAUGAAUAAUGCCACUGUCUCCUAUGUGAUGAAUUGGUGGGUAGACACUCUGGAAAGAGGAAGAGAUGUGUCUCUUCUCAGAUUUUGUGUGUGUUUGAAUGAACAGUUAUGCAGUAGGAAUGUAUCCUUGACAGGUUUAUCUAUACAACCUUAUUGCUUACUAGUAACUUCUUUCUUAACAGUUUAAAGCAGGUCGGAUAUUUGUUAAACCCAAAAGUUAAAAAACGCACAAAACAGUUUCUCUAGUUGUGCCCAGAAUAGAACAGAUUCUAGUUGCAGUUCUUGGAUCCAAAACCUUCAGUUUCAGAGAAACAUUAAAGGUGCUCACAGAUCUGCUUCUGCACCAGAGAGCAAGGAAAUUAGAAGUUCAGGCACUGGACCUCAACAUCUGUGCCAUCUAAGUACGUUCUCUUACUCAGCCAGUUUACACCUUAGCCUCCAGGCAUUCACACUUUCCCUUGAUCUUUCUGCCCUAAAUCAUAUUUCCCUCUACAUAUUCAGUGUAUGUAUUGGAUGAGCAAAGAAUUGAAUGGAAAGGGUGUAGUUCAAAGAAAGGUUUUAAAACUGCUGUGAUUCAGCUACUCUAUAUAUCCUUCACAAGGCAGAUUUUCAAGCCAAAUUUCUUACUGAUAUAAUUUGUCUUGAUUUUAUGAUGAAUAGCAUUUUCAGGCUUUAAAAUGAUAGAAAGGUGAAAAAGCAACUCGCCUUAACUAUACAGUCAUUCCAGCAGCUCUUAAAAUCAAGGCUAAACAUAUUCAAAAAUCUGUAUAAUCAUUUUGGGGAUUUGUGUUGAGCUUCCGGUGUUGGUUUCUUGUCUGAGUUCUGCCAUAACUGGUCUGGUCAGGUUAUGAACAGGGAAAGGGGAGGAGAAAAGUAUUGCUCAUAGAAUCUCUGCAGUACCUAAAUAGAGGACUGUGUAUUCUGGAUGCAAGAGUUAGGUAAUGGAGGAAAUAGUCCCUGCCAAGUUUGUGCUUUUUUUUCAGUCAUAGGAAAUACUAGACUAGCAAAAAAUAAAUAAAAAAUACCUAGAUAAUCUGCAAGGAAACUUGGUUUUGUAGCCCUUCCAGAUAGUGCAAUGGUAAUAUGCUUUUGCAGUCAUGUUGCUAGAUCUCAUUUCAUAUUACACCUUUUUAAAGUAACAACUGAUAAAACUGGAAAUACACAUCCCUUUUAAAAGUGUCUGGCUCUUCUGUUACAGUAAGGGGAGAAAAUCCCGUGCCUGUAUCAUAAGUCCUAAUACUGAAUUUUGAAUACUGGUUUGAAUCUAAGGGAUGUGAUUAAAUUACAGUAGUUUGAAGCCUCAGGAGCCUACACUUAUCAGCCUUGAGCCUGGUUAAGAUCAUAAGAGCCUGCAAAAUCAGGCCAGUGGCCCAUCCAGCCCACCAUCCUGUCCUCACAUUGGCCAACAAGAUGCCAUAGGGAAGCCCAUGAGAAAGCAUGGAGCUUUCUCCUUGCCUACGAUUCCCAUCAAUAGGUGUUCGGCAGCCUACUGUCAAAGGACAGUGAAUGUAGCAGAUUCACACUUCUUCAUUACCUAAUGGAUGUAGUAUUGCUUAAUGAAUGGCCUGGUGUACACAUCACACAUUAGCACAAGCACAUGGGUUUCCAAAGAAGAGAUCAUGACCACCUAGCUUGUCCCUGACUACUAAACCGUGGUUUGGCUUAGCGUGUCCUUUGAACUUGACUCAAGGUUUAGCUUUUGCCAGAAUACCCACAAGCUACAACCAAGAUUCUUUCAGGAGUUUAUGGCUCAUGGUUUGUCCAGGAGAUCUAAACCACAAGCCUGCAUUCAUAUGACAUGCUAAGCUCUGCACACUCUUGCCUUAAGUUAUGGUUUGGCUUAACAUGACAUGCAGACCAGAAACUUGCACUCCUUCACCUAUAUGUACUUGCCUAGUACUUGAGAUCUUCACUGGAGGUCCUUCUCUAGGUUUCCCACUUAUUAAUACAAGGUGGGUAUUACUAGGGAGAGGGCCUUUUCAGUGUUGAUGCCCUGUUUAUAAAAUGCCCUCCCCCAAGAGGCUUGUGUCACACCCAGUGCUUUUUUUCCUGGGGGGACGCAGGGGUACGCAUUUCCCUAAACAUUUUGUGAAUCUUUGUACUUUUGUCCAUUUACUGUAUUUGUUUCCCCCCGAUUUGAACUAUAAAAUGGUGAUUUUCUUGAGUCAAAAUGAGAGUACCCCUAAACAUUUUUUAAGGAAAAAAAAAGUACUGGUCACACCCACUGAAUAUUUUAGAUGCCAUGACUUUUUUAUUUGCCCAGGCCUUUUAAUUUCAAAAGGCAUAUUCGACAGUGUUCUUUUGCUGGUUUUGAAAUGGUUUUACAGUGCUGUGUCUAUGCUGACUUUUAGAUCAUAUUCCUUCUGAUUAGUAUUGUUUACAACUGAUGGUGAUGGCAAAAGUUUAAAUGAUAAUUAAUGGUUUUUUCAAAUAAGUUUGUAAACUGCCAAGAGGACUUGAGUUGUAUAUAAAUGUAACAAAUAAGUUUGAAUGACCCUAGAUAAAACUUUCAUAAUGACUUCAAUGCAGUGCUGCUGUUCAAGGGAUUUAAGUCGAAUAUUCAGCUGCCAGCCACGUUAGAGCGGAUAAAUUGGAGAUGUGCAUGACCACAACAGGAAUAGGUGGCUGUGGCUGCCAACUAAAAAACUGAGGUUGCUAGGACCCUGCCCAGGGCCAGACUAGGCCGUUUUCCCACUUGAGACGAAUUGCCCUGCCACCUUCUCCGGCACUUCUUUCCAUUGCCAAUUGAUAGCUUGGAGAGAGUGGGAUGAUCCCUGGGGGACAAAAGACAAGCUGCAGCAAAGAGAUAUUCACGCUUACCCAAAUGAACACUAUUAUUAUUAUUAUUAUUAUUAUUAUUAUUCCUGCUAACCUAGCAGUUCGAAAGCACAUCAAAGCGCAAGUAGAUAAGUAGGUACCGCUUCGGUGGGAAGGUAAAUGGCGUUUCCGUGUGCUGCUCUGGUUUGCCACAUGACCCAGAAGCUGUACGCCGGCUCCCUCGGCCAAUAAAGAGAGAUGAGCGUCGCAACCCCAGAGUCAGCCAUGACUGGACCUAACGGUCGGGGGUCCCUUUACCUUUUAUUAUUAUUAUAAUAAAAUGUGUGCCACUACUUCCUGUAACAUUUUCACAGUGGUUUACCAAGUUAAAACAGUGCCAACAGUAACCAAGCAAUCAAUGGCAAAACAAACAGUAAAACAACAGCUGUAGGGAAAAACAGUGGGCAGAAUGUGGAAAGCCAACGCACAGCAGCAAUCUGUGUCCAGAAAAAGCAGCUUUUUAUUUCCACAUUCAGUGGAGCAGGAGAAGUUCCAACCUGGUUUAGAACCAGUUCCAUAUUCUCGGUGUUUGCUAAUAUGCUCCUUCUUUUUCCCUUCCAGAAAGAAGACACAGCUCCUCCAGCAAGCCACCUUUAACCCCUCCUUCCUCUUCAGUAUUCUCCCUCUUUUCGCCUCUGACUUCAAAAAGCAAAGGUAGCAGCGGAGGUGGGAGCAGUCGUUCAUCCAGUGGCGGAGGUACUAGUGCAUCGUCAUCAUCCAGUUCCAAGUUGUUGAAGUCACCCAAAGACAAGCCGCCAAUCAGUGGAAACAAUAGGCCAAUGCACCUGGUACAUAGCAAAGGUCCCCAUGACAAAAUGUGAGUAUGCUCUUAUAAAGAGAGGCACUAAAUGUUUAGCAGUGGAUACCAGUACUAUCUCAAUUUCGUAUAUCUCAUUUUGAAAAGGCAUAUUUCAUUUUGGUCUAGGGCUCCUUCCCAGUAACUGGCGUAAGAUCGAUACAUAUCUUCCACCCACCCAUUCCCUUUCUCGUCCAGUCACUAGUAUAGUGGCACAUAAUGUUCUGGAGCUAAUAGGAACCAUGCUUGCAUUAAAACGGGGUGUGGGUGGUUUGCAAAUAAUUGUUAGAGGUAACAAUGGUUAUCAUUAAAUAUAGUGUGUAGACCUAUAUACUUCACUAGUGCUGGAAAGGGAAAGAAGAGAAUAAUUCACAUGGGUACAAAAGAAGAAGGGAUUCAUGCAGAAUAUUUGAUCUGCGCCAGGGUAGGGCUUUGGUCUUUUAGCUGCUGAGCUGUAACUUAAAAUUAUAUUGCAAUCCAAUAUGAAGGAGGCUGCACCAGCAGCAUCACUGCUGCACUUUUUAAUGUUUCUGGAAGGGGAAGGAUGAUAUAGAAAAAGAGAAAAACCAUAUCAAAUUGGGGGGAAAAAGGAAACAUGCUCAUAUGGCAAAAAGAAAGUUAAGAGUUGGUUACAAGUUGCAAACUGGGAUUAAAUAUGUUUCCUGAGUUUCCUAAGCAUGCUGGAAACUUCUGAGUUAGAAGAUUAGGGCCACCCACUAAUUUUUAUAUUUUGUGUAUUAUUAUUUUUUUAAUUUUGUACACUACUUUGCCUCCAAAGAUCACAUUAUAAAGUUGUUGGACAUAGAAAUCAUACUGGUGCAACAUUGAAGUAGAAAUGUAUUAAAUGUCAAAUGGUUUCUGCGCACAUACUCUAAAUGUGAACAGCUGAAUCUGAUAUAUUGUGUACCUGAGAAAGAAGAACAAACGUGAUCGAAUAAAAUGUGCAUACGCUUUAUAAAAGGGAGAUGAGCAGCCAGACAUCCUAUUUUCUAUUUUGAAUUGAACACAGUAAGUUGGAUCCAGACUUUGUCCUCCACUAACGGAAGCACUCUUUCAGUCCAUGGGUUCCUUUGGAUCUAGUGGCAACCUUUGCCCAGAUGGGCAAUUCACAUUGUGCUCUGUGCACCCAUCAAACACCCAACUGUGACUAAUGAUUGUCAUGAUUGUCGAGUUGGACUCGAUGGCCCUUGUGGUCUCUUCCAACUCUAUGAUUCUAUGAUUGUAUUAAGCAUGGGACCAUUUGCAAAUUAAAAAGGGGCAGGGAACCUUUAUUUAGAUGUUCACUUUUCUGGUAAAACGGAAUAGUGACACACAUAAAUCAUUGGGGUCAACAGCAAAAAAUGCAAAAUAUGUUUGUUUCUUAUAUUUUCUCUUUAAAAAAUUGAUUUAAAAGUUUUUGGUUUUUUUUAAAGGCCAUAAAAUUCAAAAACCCACAUAAUCAGUAUGCAGGCUCUAACUUAUUCCACAGUUUUUUAGUCAUCAAAAAGCACAGUACAGUUUUUUCAUUCUGUUCCUAGUGCUGUUUCCCAUUUGUAUGAAGCUGCUGGAUGCACUCAUUGAGGGUUAAGGCAUGGUGGUAUCAGUAUGCUGAUGGCACCCAGCUCUUUCCUUCAUACCAUCUGAAUCAGAUGUAGCUAUGUCUCUGCUGAACUGGUGCCUGGAGGUAGUAAUGGACUGGAUGAGGGCUAGUAAAUGGAAGGUGGAUUCUCACUAGAGGAGAGGUGCUGUUGGUGGAUGGUUCUAAUGUUUGGGAACUGUGUAUUUGGCAUGUUCUGGGUGGAGUUUGCAUUGUCUCUGAAGCAGCAGGUACAUGGUGCUGCUAGAUCCAUUGUUGUCGUUGGGAGCUCGGGUAGUUUUGUUGGCUAGGAGUGCCUAUUGCCAGCUAUGGCCGGUUCAGCAGCUGUAGCCAUUCCUCGGUUGAAACACCUUGGCCACAAUUUUGCUUGCCCUACACAUCAUAUAGCAUCUGUUUUGUAGGAUCUACACUGGCUACCAAUGUGGUUUGGAACCACCUUUUCCCAUAUCAGCCAGCCUGUGCUAUCAGAUUGGUGGAGGGCACUGAUUAUCAGAGAAUGUGUGAGGUUGUGCUAUAUGGCCUUCUCAGUAAUUACACCCCAACUGUGGAUUUCCCUUCCCCUUAGAGGCCUAUGGAUGGCUACAUAUCUAAUGGAGAUGCAUCUGUUCUCCCAGGCUUUUAGAGGACCUGGCUGAUCUGCUCUGGAGUUUAGGGUUGUUUGUUUUAUGUAUCACUGCUCCUAAUUUCUGUUUCAGCUGUAUUUUACUUUGUGCUGGAAACUGCUUUGAUGAAAAGCAGUCUACAUAUUUUAUAAUAAAUUACCUAUUUCCUCCUUGCAGCAUGACUCCAUCUGUCAAAGUGGAAAAAAUACAUCCAAAGAUAGAUGGUGCACUAUUGAAACCUGCUGUUGGUCCAACCUGUUCUACUACUGUGAGCUCCUCAAUAAAGACUGGCCUUAAUCCCUCAAUACCAAAGCCACCCUUGCCUUCCCCUGGACAGAUACUGAAUGGUAAAGGUCUUCUCUCUGUGCCUCCAUACUCGGAAAAGAAGCAAGACGAGAGUACAAAUAAUAGGAAAUUUUUACACAAAAGAUUGUCAGGUAAUUAUUAUACGGCAUUUUCCCCCCCUCGCUUGCUAACAAUAAAAAUAAAAGAGCAACUGGCAAGGGUUCAGAAGCAUUGUCUUCCGGCUUCAGAUGUACUGUGGUUAAUUUCUAACAAGCCAAUGAUUUGCGAAACUGGUUAACCAAAGUUCUGGGUCUGGGAGGGGACAUGAAACAUGCAAGGUUUGGGCUCUUUCACAUAUCGCUGUACCAAAGUUUAGUGUGACAUCUGAGGAGAGCAGAGCUGUUGUAUGAUAAUAAAUCUUGAAUGCUGUCUAAAUCAGGCAUAGGCAAACUCGGCCCUCCAGAUGUUUUGGGACUACAGCUCCCAUCAUCCCUGACCACAGGUCCUGUUAGCUAGGGAUGAUGGGAGUUGUAGUCCCAAAACAUCUGGAGGGCUGAGUUUGCCUAUGCCUGAUCUAAAUGCUAACUCUUGGUUGGUUCCAUAGCACCGUGUGCGGUGUACUUGCACAGGUAUUACUUCCCUUUUUCUGGUGUUCCUCCAUCCCUUCUUGGACCUUCUGGUGCAGCACUAUUUGAGAUCCUGCUGAUCAGAAAAAUCAGCCACAUAUGCACGCCCAGCCUUCCUUGGAUCCUAGCCAACAUUAUUAAAUGUGCCUUAAAUCAUCAUAAUGUGGCAUGAGCUAGAAAUGCACAAAACGAAAUACGCAAGUGCUGAUUAAUAGUGAAAGCAUUCACUAUUUCCUUUAAAGUGUCCCUCAUUUGAAGUAUAAUAUAUAUUUUUUAAUCCUCCUAGGUGAAUUAAGUGGUAUGAAAUCAUUUCCCUGGUGCAAGAAAUAGCCCUAGAUAAAGGCCAAGAACCGACACAGUCCACACAGCUAUAUAGUUUUCAACUUGGAAGCUUUGAUAGCAAAUGAGGCAAGCCAUGAACAGUGUGUUGACUCUUGGACAGGGGAUUGGAAGAAAAGCACUUACGGGAUGGGGGGUUGCACAUGUAGAUCUCUUGGGUCUUAGCUGCUGUGACCAUUUAUGGACCCACAGUUACGGAAUUUUGCCAGUUAUGGAAGCAUGUACGGUUAAAAAAGAACACUGUUAUUUUUUAAAUAAAAAAAUAAGCGCACCUGCUCCUUAAUCUCUUCAGUUUGUGUGUUUUUGAAAUCUUAAUAUAUGAAUUUAAGAAGGUUUUCCUCCCGUUUUCUUACCUAUAGCAUCAUAUAUAGAUUUCUAUAUAAAUGUAAGAGAGAUGUGGCUUCCACUUGACUUAAAGUGUAUGGUAUAUGUCAGUAACACUGAACCGUUAGAAUAUGACAGUAUGAUUCAUUUUUCUAGUUUUACUUUAAUUUAUAUUUCUUUACAAAGCAUGCUCUUUGAGUCUGUGUGGUUUCUUUUUCACGGAUUCUAUAAAGAAGAGGGGUGUAGGUGUAAAGAAAAAUACAAGUGUGGCAAUACCUUUACUUGGUUUCACAUCUUAAACUCAAAAGCAACUCUGGGGUUAGUUCUGCAUUGAAAUAAACAAAUUCGAUUUCUGAAUGAAGCACAAAUUGCUGUUGUUGUUGUUUGCAUUGUUAUUAUUUGUAUUAUUAUUUGUAUUUAACAGAGAGAGAAUUUGAUCCUGAUAUCUACUGUGGCGUCAUUGACAUAGAAACGAAGAAACCCUGUACUAGGUCUUUGACAUGCAAGGUAAGAUGCCUUCUUAAUGAACUAAGUUUUCUGAACGUCAGGACGGAAAAGUCAAAGUAUGAUUUAGGUGAUUCAGACAACUUCCUGAAAACAACUUAGAAAACUCUGUUAUGGAAGCUAGUAAGAAGGUUAGAGCUAGACUGUAAUAGGAAGAAAAUCUAGUUUAAUUUAAAUCUUCAUUUAUGUGUUUUCAGACAAUGCAGCUAAAUGGUUCCAGUUCCUCCCUCCCACCCACUUUUUAAAAAAUUUGGGAGAUACUCAAAUAGGUUUUGGCAAAAUAGGGAGUUCUGCUUAAAUACGACUUCAUCUUUUGACAUGGGGAAACAAGGCAAGGCCACAGGAAAUUCUGAUGGGAAAAUUUAGAUACUGGAAUUACUAUCCUAAAAUAAUGCAAAUGAAAUGAUUAAAGAAAAUAAGCAAAUGCAGUAUAAAAAUACAGAUCAGAUAUGCUCUGAAUUGCAUUCACAGUGUCACCUCAGCUCCCUUACUAGGGCAAUACUGCAAACCUCUUUGCUGUCCUUAUUACCAAAGAUGAUGUGCAACUGUGAAUCUCUGGCUGGGUUUGAACUGGCACUAAAAAUGUAGGGUAGGGUAUUUAUAGCUAUAACAUGUUGAAGAAUGGCUUGUACACAAAACCCUUUAACUGCUGUGCACAACACCUAUAUUUCCAGCAGAGGGAGCACCAGCUAAUGUAAUUUAACAAAAUGGCAUUUCUAUGUUUAAGUGGGUAUUAAUGAAAUUCAAGAAACACUAUUAUAUUAUAUCACAAACACUGUAGAACUUGGAUACACAAUCCAGUGUUAAUUCCUGUAGUACCUAUGGUUAGGACCAUAUGUACUGAAUUUAAUUUACCAUGAGCUAGGAAACUCCAUGAUUAUGAUGUUUUAAUGGGUUUAAUGCUCACUUUUAAUAUCUUCUUAAUGCCAGAUGCAAGUAUGGCACAUGGCAUUUGCAGGUCUUGUUUGAAAGUUUGGCCUGUGUCACUUCAUGCCAGUUCAUAUAUUUAUGCAGCCAGACAUAUGAUGCAUAUAAUAGGCUCUUUUCCAUUUUCCUCUCUGUAUUCCUGGUAUUCUUCCUUCUAUCCAUUUUUGUGGAUUAGAUUGGAGUUCCUUCUUGGCCAGGUCUCCCCACCAGUACCAGUUCUCCCCAUUCCACUGUUCCUGAUCCAAAAAUGCUUCAUAAAUGACCACUCUACCCACCUCCCCAUAUGUAUUGUGCUCUGUUUUCCUAAAAGCAAACAGGAUAAAUCUGCACUAGUAAAAUGCCAGACAUAACAAUACAAGGCUUGGUUUUCUAUAUAUUGCACAGAUAUACCUCUUCAACCUGGAGUAAUUGGUUGCCUUUUAAUUUCCAGACACAUUCCCUAACUCAACGGAGAGCUGUACAGGGUCGAAGGAAACGAUUUGAUUUAUUACUAGCUGAGCACAAAAGCAAAACCAGGGAAAAAGAAUUACUCCGCCAUUUGGAUCAUCAUCAGCAGAUGCCCCCUCUCAGGGAACCACAUCCCUCACCUUCAAGAACUUCCCAGGAGCUGCACCAAAAUUCUCAUGGAGUUAUUCCUACAGAAUCAAAGCCUUUAGUACCUACUAAACCCAAACCUCACACCCCCAGUCUUCCAAGGUAAAGAAAAUCACCCAGUGACUUUUGGUGAGGGAACUUGAGGAAUUGUGACUUUCUGCAUUAGGUCUGGUGAAUACUUGCUUGUCUGGUCCAUCUGCUCCAUUUGUGCCACUCCAGGUAGCACCAGCUCUCCCAUUUUAAGAUUUUAAGUGUCUGCACUGACCCAUACUACAGUCUCACAUUAGAAUUCCUAUGACACCACUAUAGGCAAUGCAGCAUGCUCUCACAAGCUUUGGAUUGAUCUGAAUUAGCUCUGCUUAUUAAGCUUAGCAUGGUAACAAGUUAAUGAAGGUAAAUGAUCAGACCACCUAGAUAUUUUCAGGUAAGCCCAGAUCAUUGUGACCUGUUCCACACUCAAGAAGCAUGAGAACAUUAAUAGAGCAGGGGCUGAAGGCUGUAAAUGCCAAAUAGUUGAAAAAGUUUGGUCAAGGUCUCCAUUCUUCUGAAUUGGAGGCCAGGAGUCACCAUAUGCCUCUCUCUAAAGCCGAGAAACAUUUCUGCAAUUAGUCUGCCUUUGGUUAAAAAUAAAAAUCCUAUCAACACAUUGUGUGAGCAGAAGGUUUUUCCAGGCAAUCUAUGUAAGGUAAGCUUUAAUUUCUAAAAACGACUAUUAAGCAAGCACUCUAAGGCAGAAGGCGUUGUAGUUACCAAAGCCCAGUUUAGGGUUGGUUCACAUAGUUGUUUUCAGCUGUAUUUUCGGCAUAUGAACCCCCUGUACUUUCUGUGUCGGAAGAGCUGUGCAAGCUUUGAUUCAGCAGAGGGCUGCAUUAAUGUAAGACAGAGAUUUUCCCCUGCAGCCCCCCACACUCUCAAUUCUGUGUGGUUUUGUAGGGUUCCCCAACUCUCUAGAACAGAUUUUCAGGGAUCUACAAUGGUCCAAUGUUGUGUGAUUAUUAUUAUUUUUGUAAGAAACUAUUACUCUUCAUGCAUGUGCAUAUGUGUUGUAAUUUCAUGUUAAAAUACAAAUUGUAACAGCUUGGAUAUGUGAGAUAGAUGGUGUUUGUUUCUAUUCAGAGGGGCUCAAGGCAAUAUAUGUAUAUAUUGCUGCCCACCCCCAUGUUGUCCUCACAACAACCCUGUCAAAUGUACGAGACUGAGUGACUGGUCCAUGGGCAUCCAGUGAGCUUUGUGAUUAAGCGCAAAUGGGAACUUGGGUCUCCUCAGUCCUUGUCUACCGCUCAAACCACUACACCAGCCUUUCCCAGCCUGCUGCCCUCCAGAUAUUGUUGGAUUACUGCCCCCAUCAUCUCUGGCCACUAUCCAUGCUGUCUGGUCCUGGUACUAUAAUUGUUGUCCAUAACAUCUAAGGGUACCAGGUUGGGGGAGGCUGAAUUUACACCAACUCUCAGUUCAUCAGAGUGCUUGAAGCCUUUGACCACCAGAAAGGUUAGAAAAGAGAGAGAGAACAUAUGGAUCUCCCUCUGUUUCCUGUUCUUCUUAGGCUGCUUGUCAUCAACCUCUAGUGAAGUGCUUAUUGCUUACUUUUGACACUGUUGUGGGAUUGGUCUGCCAAUUCAUUGUGCCAUUUUGCAUAUAUAAUAUAGGAAUAUGUCCUGUGCUCUAAAUCUAAGACCUUUGUUCUAUAAAAAUGCAUUAAUACAUUUUUAACCCAAGUUAUAAAACAUUUGUUGGUAUUUAACUGUGAUUCCUCUUUUAUGAAGGCCUCCCGGCUGCCCAGCCCAACAAAGUGGGAAUGCCCCAAAUGAAUCUCCAUCAGUCCAUGAAUCUCCACAUGCUCCCUUACCUGCAGCUGAGCCAGCAUCUCGGUUAUCCAGCGAUGAGGGAGAAUGUGAUGAAAAAGAAGAGCCUGUUGAAAAACUGGAUUGUCUUUAUUCAGAUCAUCAUCCUCAACCAGCUGCUGUACGUUUCCCAAUUUAUAUUUUCCUUGUAUUUCUCUUGCUUGGUGUUUUAAAUGUGUGUGUAUAAGCAGCAAUACUUCAUGUUCUCUAGAGGAAGGAGCAUUCAGAUGUAGCUGUGGGUCUGGAUACAGAAUACUGCUGAAUACUGAAUCACACGGGUUGGUUGCAAUUGCUGUGGUAGGCAUUAAAUUAUUGUGAGACACAAGAAGCUAGCCUGGUGACAGAGAAGCUGAAAGGCUGCUUUUAGCAUCAGUAUUCCACAGAGAAAUAAGAUCUUUGGGCAGGAUUGGCUGCUCUAUAAGAUAUAUAGUAUAUUUGUUGGAUUCCUUCAGAUGGAAAUUCUGAGUUGUAAGAGAGCCACAGAUAAUCAUGAAUGCUUGUAAUUCUUUCUGUAUGUUGUUUUAUUGCAACUGUUUUAUUUGUCCUUGCUUUAUUUUAUAUUUGCUAAUAUGCAACAUCUGGUUGAGAAAUUUACUAAAGUAACUAUCCCUCUCCCCCAGUUUUGCACAUUUGGUAGUCGACAAAUUGGAAGAGGUUACUACGUGUUUGAUAAGCGGUGGAACCAUAUUCGAUGUGCACUUAAUGUCAUGGUGGACAAGCAUCUUAACUCACAGAUGUGGAAGUGAGUAGAAACAGAACAGGCUGUCAUAUAUCUCAUUGUGAAGUGGGAUGUUUUGCAUGCACGGGGUGAAGGAGGAAAAUGUGUUUUCUUUUGCAGUUAAUGAGUGUUAACAUUAAGCAUGAACACAUUGUCUUAGGUGUUUCUAAAUUAAUGGAAAUGAUCCAUUUCCUCAACUGAGGCAUCCUUCCCAAUUAAUGAACUACCAGCGUAGCCUUGAGUACCCAGCACAAGAGAGGUAACACUUGUAUACAUUGUGAGAUCAUUUGCCAGUUUCAGGCAGCCAACCCAGAGGUCUGAGCGAGAGAACCUUUUUGGACAGAAGAGAGCAGAAAAACCAGAUUUCCUUGACAACUUCUGAAUACCAGUUGCUGGAAACCGCAGGAGAGAAGAAUAGUGUUGUGCUCAGGCCUUCCUGCAGGUUUUCCAUGGGCCUCUGGUUAGCCACUGUGAGAACAGAGUGCUGGACUAGAGGUGCCAUUGGCUUGGUCCAACAGAGCUAUUACCAGGUUCUUAGGAGAGAUUUGGACAUUGCUUUCUUCAAAAUCUGUUAGGUUGCCAGCAAGAAUGCCUUGGUGAAGCUAGGUGGACAAGGUAUCUAAUUCUGAUGGCCAUUUGUGUAGGGCCUUUGACUCUGUGCCCACUGUACCUUUUCAGUCUUCUUUCUGUUAAGGUAGCAGAUUUUUUUUAUUUCAAGUGGGCAAAAUAGAAUUAACCCACGGAGCAUUAACGACCUGCUUUUCCCUGCUGCCUAGGAAAAUUCCUCCAGCGACAAGCAACACUACAUCCUUGCGCGCUCCACACCGGACAAGCUCGACGCCUGUGUCGCAGUACGGCUCCAGCACAACAGGUUUCCUCUUGCCCGCCACAGCUAUGCCCUCGCCAGCACACGUGUCUCCUUCCUGUUUAUCCCUCAGUGGGAAAUCGGUACCAUCCCACGGGACUACGCUCAAUGCCAACCCUGCAAGUUUUGGUGCAGCAGAACCUGCCUGCAGUAUGCAAUCAAGACAAGUGUCUACAUCCCCUUCCACGCCUCCAGUGCUUUCCUCGGUACCGUCGCCUCUGUCCAGCAAACCUCAGAAAUUGAAAUCCAGCAAGUCUUUCAAGCCUAAGGAAUCUUCUGCUAGCAGCGCCAACUGCAACAGUACCAGUAGCAACAGCAGCGGUGGCAGCUCAGGAAAGAAGCGUAAGAACAGUUCUGCGCUGCCAGCACCUUCUUCUCAUUCCACAGAGUCCUAUAGGAAGAACUGUGUGGUGAACUCUGGAAACUCUGGGGCUUCUUAUCACUCGCCUGGGAUGUCUUCGUCCCACAGCCUCAACUGUAUGACUGGUAAAGCUAACUCGGUUAGCCUCAAACAUGACCAAUCAGGGAGGGGCCCUCCGACUGGGAGCCCUGCAGAAUCUAUAAAAAGAAUGAGUGUGAUGGUGAACAGUGGCGAUUCCACCCUGUCGUUGGGGCCGUUCAUUCACCAGUCCAGCGAGCUGACGGUCAACUCGCACAGCGGGUUUUCACAUUCACAUCCUUCCCUAGACAAAUUCAUAGGAAAGAAAAGAAAGUGCUCGCCUGGUUCAAGCAGCAUAAACAGCAGCAGCAAAGCAAACAAGGUUGCCAAAUUGCCGCCAGUGAACAACAUUCACACGAAACACGCUGGUGCAAUCCCAGGGACACAAGGACUGAUGAACAAUUCUAUCCUUCAUCAGGUAUGAAAUCUUACUUGGGCCAUAGUGAUAUCCAGACAAGUUACUUUGACAAAUUCCCAUUCCGGACAGUUACUUGCCUAUUGGAGGUGAUUUUUUUCUUGUCAGAGAUGUUGGCGCUGGAUAUCUUGGGUGUGUGUAUGCUUCGCUUUGCAAAAUGGUUUAUUAUUAUUAUUAACUCCCCAUGGAUGCUGUUGCUUGUUAGAAGCAUAAUCCCUUUCAUCUUUUGGGACUUGUUGAAUUUUUAAGACAUGGCACAGAUUCCUUGUUGGGGGAAAUAGCACAAUCCAACUGGACUCACCUAUAUAUCCUGAAGGGCUUUCCUGUUUUCAGCUAUGGGAAACCAGAGACUCCUUCAUGUUUGAGGAUAUUAUUAUUAUUAUUACUUAUUAAAUUUGUAUAUCACAUUUCAUCCAAAGAUCCCAGAGCAGUACAGAAAAUAAAAAUACAAAAUGAGAACUCAAAAUACAUAAUAAAGCAAAAGCAAAAACAAACCAAUGAACCCUGCUUCCAUAAACACAUUUAAAAGGCCAUAGAAUAGCCAAAGAUCUGGUUAUAGAGGAAAGUUUUUGCCUGGAGCCUAAAGAUAUUGUAAUAAAGGCACCAGGCAAGCCUCUCUGAGGAGAGCAUUCCACAAGCAGGGAACCACCACAGAAAAGGGCCAUUUUUGUGUUGCUGCCCUCCAGACCUCUCAUGGAAGAGGCACACAAAGAAAGGCAACAGAUGAUUGCAGGGUCCAGAUCAGUUCAUACAGGGAGAGGUGGUCCUUGAUGUAUUGCAUUCUUUGGCCAUUUAAGGCUUUAUAAGUCAGAACCAGCACUUUGAAUUGGUCCUGGAAACUAAUUGGCAGCCAGUCAGUGCAGUCGGGCCAGGAUUGAUGUAAUAUGCUCAAACCAUUUUGCCCUGGCCACUGAAUUCUGCCCUAGCAGAGGCAGCCGUAUGUAUAAUGCGUUGCAGUAAUCUAACCUAACUGUUAUCAGAGCAGAGACAAUGGAAGUUAGACUAGGGCCACCAGCCGAAGCUGAGGAAAGGCCCUCCACACCACUGAGGCCACCUGAGUCUGAAGCAACAGCAAAGGAUCUUGAAGUAUUCCCAAGCUGUGUGCCCACUCCUUUACCGAGGGAAUAUAACGCCAUCAAGAGCAGGCGACCUCCCACCCAUCCAGUCUAGGGAACCACCCACUGACAGUGCCUCAGUCUUCUCUGGCUUGAGCUUCUGUUUGUUGGCUCUCAUCCAGUCCAUUCCUUCACAUAGCCAGAAAUGGAUACCCCAUGGGGCUGCUUGCAAGUUGGAAGAGCUUAGUUUGUGCCAUUGAAAACAACUCAAACAGAUAGCUUUGUGCCAGUGGGAUUCAAGUCUGUUUGCCUUUCGCCAGAUUGCCAGCUUAUAGCUUAAAUACCAUGAGUGGAUCAACUAAUAGUUUUGUUUUGUUUUUUAAUCUGCUGCACCCACUAAGAAAAGCAGCAUUGAUAUUUUUAUUAUUUUAACAGGGCAUAAUGGGUUCCAUAGUUAUUUAUUUGAUAAUUACUGGUCAUCUCAGCAACCCGGGGCAGGUGCCUUGUUGCAAAUGAACAAGUUGCUGAUUGGAAUUGACAAUAUUAUACCACAGUGAACUAAAGGGAGGAUAUGGGACUGGGCAGUAAAACAGAAAUUCAUGUUUUUUUAAUCAGCAACCUUACUGAAAUUUUAGAAGCCACUUCAUAAUUUUCAACCUUGAUGACAAGUAAUUGAACUUUGCCCAUAUACUGUGUAAAAAAGAAAAAAAAGGUUUUCCUUUGACGCAUAAGAAAGGGAGGGGUCAAGUAGGUUUUUGCUGUUGCUGUGACAAAGAACCCUAUACAGAAAUAUGCCUAACAUGAUAUAGCAAUAAAAUGCAUAUAGUUUUUCCCCACCCCAAGAAAGUAGAUGUUUGGUUGCUAACCUGUGCCACUGAAUUUUGCCAAAGCAUAUUUUGGGGAUCCCAGAUGAUAUAAUUGGACAUAGCUUUAUCACUUAAAAUAUUUAAUAUUUAUUUAUCUGUUUUUCCUCUUUUCGUUUGUGCGAAAGCCAAAGGCUCGUCCCUAA